ACCGAGGGGCGGGGCCGGGCUUAGGCAGGCAGCGGCCGGCGGGCGGCGGGACUCAGUGGCCACCUGUGGGACCAACCGAGGCGGCUCCUCCCGGCGCGAUGGGGCGCGAUCGGACGCUUCGGCUGCAGUUCGGGAACCGGAUCGAGGUGGUUUGCGUGGUGGGCACCCGCCUCUGCACCGACGUCUAUGGGUGAGGCCGCCUAUACUUCCAUCUCCCCCCCCCAAAAAAAGUUUUGCAUCUUCAGAAAGGGAACCCCCCCGCCGCACCAGAAGGACCCAGCACGACUUUCCAGGGGAUUCUCCUGCGCGCGCCCUAAGUCUUAGGUCCUUUGGAUCUCUCCUUCCCAAAUAGCCCCACCCCCAAAAAUUGCAUCCUCCGAAGGGGACCCCCGCUGCUGCAUAAAAGCACCCCCCGAAAAGCACAUUUCUUUUCGAUUCCCAUCCUCUAUUUAGCCCAGCAUCUGCUGCCACCCCCCAGCAAGAAAUCCUUUUCAAAGCAACCCCUUCCUAUAUUGACACCCCCAACCCCCUGUUGGUUUUGCUGCCGGACCCUCACUAUUACCCACCCCACCCCCAUGCUGACACCUGCCUAUCCUCACCCAUAUUCCUUUAGUUCUGGCAAUCCCCCCCCCACUUUCUAAUCACCCUCCCAGCAAAAUGUCUCUCCACCAUCUUCUUAGGUGCAAGCAGCCUCCUUUAGCAUCACCUGUUAUUGCCAGAUAUCGGUGCUCCGAUUUUCAUUUCCCUAUAUUUGGGAGCUGCACCCCACCCCUGCUGCCGAUAUUUCCUGAGUCUGGAGAAACCCCCUGCUCAGUGGCAGAGCAGCUGCCUUGCAUGCAGAAGGUCCCAGGUAGGGCUGGGAGAGGCUCCCUACACGAAAUUCUUGGAGAGCUCAGUACAGAUUUUUGUUUCAAAGGUGGUGGUUUGCCACUGGAACCCCCUUCCGAUGUGCUGCAUUUAAAACCUGGACCCCCACCUUCCCCUAAGGCAUGGGUAGGCAAACUAAGGCCCGGGGCCGGAUCCAGUCCAAUCGCCUUCUAAAUCCAGCCCUUGGACGGUCCGGGAAUCAGCGUGUUUUUACAUUAGUAGAAUGUGUGCUUUUAUUUAAAAUGCAUCUCUGGGUUAUUUGUGGGGCAUAGGAAUUCGUUCAUUCUCCCCCCAAAAAAAAUAGUCCGGCCCCGACAAGGUUUGAGGGACAGUGGACCGGCCUUCUGCUGAAAAAGUUUGCUGACCUCUGCCCUAAGGCCUCUCGGAAACCUUUCAGAAUUAUUUGCUGAGGAGUAGUGGUAUGAAAAGUCUGUCUUUAGUUGGUGAAGUGGUCUGCAAGGUUCUGGCUAUACAGAACUAUUUCUCACUUGCAGCUUCGAAGCUGUGCUUAGGAAUGCCUGCAGCUCCUUUAAGUGACUUGGCUCAUUGAUGAAACACUAACAUGACUGGGAGCCCCAUGGGGUGUCUGUAGGAGAGGAGGCGUAAAGCAGCCAAAAGCAAGUGUUGGGCUAGGACGUGGGCGUCCCGAGUUCAAAUCCAGAUCAGCCAUGCGAAGCUUACCUGGUGACCUCGAAGGCCACUCACUGUCUCUCAGCCUAGCCUACCUCACAAGGUUGCUGUGAGGAUUAAGAACAGGGAGGGGAAAACCUUGAGGAAAGGUGGGCUGUACAUGCAAUGAUAAAUUUAAGUGAAUAAUGGAGCAUGCCUCGCUCACACCUGAUGCCUUGUAUAUUCAGCUGUUAGCCAACGAAGUGUUACUCAGAACAGGCCCAUUGGAGCUGAGUUAGCCAUGUCCAUUAACUUCAACUGGUCUGCUCUCUGAGCAGGAGUGGAACUUGUUACAGCCUAUGGUUUUUGAUAGCCACCUUCAUGUUUGGUGUGACGCAGCGUCCUGUGUUAACCUGCAGUUCUGCCGAUUCCUCCACCUGCGGCUCAUUGGGGAGAUCCCCCUGCUGUAUUUUUCCACGGAAGUGUGAUCUUUCCUGGAAAACUGGAGCCUGCUUUGCCUUGGACUCUUAGCUGUGGUUCUCAGCACCAGGACACCUCCUAUACUAGGAUGGGGCUCUGAUUUCCCCCCCCCCAUAGAAAAGGGGGUUAUUGAUGAGUACUGUACCCGAUGGUUUUGCUCUGCCCUCCACAUUCAGACGCAGCCAUGCUUCUGAAUCCCAGUUACUGGAAACGGCAGGAGGAGAGAUUUGCUCUUGCGUUUGAAUCAUUCUACUUGUGGGUUUGGGGCACCAGGUUGGCCACAGGAUGCUGGACUAGAUGGGCCACUGGCCUGAUCCAACAGGCUCCUCUUACUUACUUCUUUUCCCCAUUAUCCACUUUCUUUUACUCCUGCCCUGUGGCAAAACUUCUCCUGUGGUCAGCUCAGCCACCCAAGCAGCUGUUUGAGGUCAACCCGGGAAUCCUUUCCCUGAGCAUGCGAGUGUUGAGAUUAAAUCUCAAUCCUUCAAAUUCCUGCUCAAGUAAGGGGUUUCUUGGUGCCGUGAGUGGGUGCCAGAGAUGGAGAGAGUGACCUGUCAUCUCUGUCUCUGAUGAGGGAGGGCUGUCAAGAGCCAUGUCUUCAGCACAGAGGUUUCAAUGACAAAUAUAUAUACAGGAUAUAUAUAUUUAAAACCCUUUAGGCUUUCCAGACUCCCGCAUGCUUUUCAUGUCUUUGAACCGCCUGGAAAUGACAAGCCCGUUGGUUCCAGGUGUAUGAGGGUCAGUGGUGAGAGAGCAACACUCUGCAUAUGCUCAGGGGUGCGCUUCCUUUAGGGUGUAAGGUUGUACAUUUCAGGAGCAGAACAGAGCUUUGGGGAUGGUUCUGCUGCUAAAUUCUAACAUGCAAGGGAGCACAAUCCUGUGCAUGUUUUCUUCCUGAGUAAAUCCCACUGUGUUCAGUGGGGCAUACUCCCAGCACAGCAUGCAUCCAGUGACACUCUUUAGUUCAGAUUUCACAGCUCUUUUACCUGCAAUGGCAAACAUUGUUUGUGUGCCAUUGUGAGAGGUGACACUUUCAAACCAAACAUCCUCCUGGGGUUUGAAAUGGUCUAGGUUGUGGGUGGGGACUUGUUGCCAUCUGUCAUGGAUGCUUUAGCUGAGAUUCCCGCAUUGUAGGGGGUUGGAUUAGAUGCCCUUUGAGUUCUCUUCCAACUCUACAAUCCUAUGAUUCUAUGAAUGUUGUUAGACUAAAACUCCCACAAUCCCUGAUGGUUGGCUGGGCUGGCUGCUGGGAGUUGAAAUCCAGCAAUAAUACCUGAAGGGCUGUCACUUGCCUUCAAUGCUCUCGGCUACCUCCAUCUCUGCUCUACUGUUUUCUAACGUAAGGAUGGGGGACCUGUGGCCCUCCACCUCCCAUCCUCUGACCAUUAACCAAACUGGUUGCUGAGGCUUAUCAGAGAUAAAGGUAAAGGGACCCCUGACCAUUAGGUCCAGUCGUGACCAACUCUGGGGUUGUGGCGCUCAUCUCGCUUUAUUGGCUGAGGGAGCCAGCGUACAGCUUCUGGGUCAUGUGCCCAGCAUGACUAAGCCACUUCUGGUGAACCAGAGCAGCACACGGAAACGCUGUUUACCUUCCCGCCAGAGCGGUACCUAUUUAUCUACUUGCACUUUGACAUGCUUUCAAACUGCUAGGUUGGCAGGAGCAGGGACCGAGCAACGGGAGCUCACCCCGUCGCGGGGAUUCAAACUGCCGAUCUUCUGAUCGGCAAGUCCUAGGCUCUGUGGUUUAACCCACAGCACCACCAGCAUUGUCUGCAGGGCCACAGGGUCCCCACUUGCCUUCACUGCCUCUGGCUCCCUCCAUUGCCAAUCUGCCUUUCCAAAGGCAGGGGUGGGCAACUUUAAUGUCUCAUCAUCCCUGGUGACUGUUGGCCAGACUGGCUGCUGGGAACUGGGGUCCAAUAGCACCUGAAGGGCGUUGGGUUCCCCAUCCGCAAACUAGACCCUCACUUGCCUUUACUGCCCCUAGCUACCACCAUCCUUGUCGUCAUCCCUGACUAUAGACUAGGCUGGCUGGUGCUGGCAGGAGUUGGGAGUCUAACAACACCUUGAAAACCACAAGCUCCCCAUCUCUGGUCUUAACUGCCUGUAGCUACCUCUAUCACCACUUUGCCUUCUUCUAAUGCAAGGAUGGGCGACCUGCAGUCCUAGGACUUCAAAGCAUUUAACAGUCAGUCGCUCUAGAAAAGCAUUUUGCACAAGCUCAGAUUACUAUCUUACAUCUAAGUGGGGAACUUCAGGUGCAUUUUGCACCUGGCUGUCGGCCACUUGCAACCAAGCCAGGAUGGCACCUGACAUCUCCACCAUCUGGAGGUGCAUGCCUGGGGAUCCUUGGAUCUUGACUGUUUUCGCACACUAAUGCUUUGUCCUGUAGAAUUCUAUCUGUUCUAUUUUAUCUGCGCAGUCAGAAUGAAUUUCAGGAACCAAAAUGCUUUUUCUGUGCAGCUGGAGCAGGAGCAGUGAACAGCGUUAUAGUUAACUGUUGUCGCUUGUCUUCACUUCCCCCACUCCAAUGCCCUGCUCACAGUUGUGAAGAGUAUUUCUAUGUUAUGAAUGGUCCGUGUCACCAUUAAGAAAAAGAGGUCUGAACUGGCUAAUAUAUAUGUGGACUGUCCCUGGAUCAAGUGACUUUUCUCAAAGUUCUUAACCUACCUCAAGAUUGUCACCUUAACUAGCCAGAUGUUUAACUGAGAAUCAAUCACAGUCAGUUCAUCGUUUAAAAAAUAAGAGCCGCCCCAAACUUGCAACUAGACAUUCCAUUUUGGCGACUGCAACCUUGGUUUAAGGAGCCAUUUGGCACCUAGAUUAUAUAUCUGAGUUUCUAAGAAUGGGAAGAGACAUUGGGGCUCAAGGUUGCCUUGAAACCUAUGCUCUGUAACCUCUCAUCCCGAAUCCUAGAUGUAGAAGCUGGUAGUCUGGUUGCUUGGUGGCUAUGAAUAGUGGGCAGCUUGCACAUGUUCAGAGGUCUGUUUUGUUAGCUGUUUGUUUCGGGGUCCCGUCCCUUGCUUUGAAAACUGGCUCUGGGGGCUGAGCUGUAUUGAGAUGCCCCUUUACCCAUUGCCUGCCUGUAUUUUUAAACGGUCAUCCAUCCAGAGAGAACCCAGUAAUCCUUUGUAAGCCUCGCCUGUCACUGCAAAUGCUUGUUUGCAGCUGAUUGUCCAUUGUCCUGCUCACUGAAUGAGGCGUUUAUGCCAGGCUUUCUGCCAGGGGCAUUUGCAGAUGGCACGGUCACCCUUUGUGUGAUCUGUGCGUGUGUUUUAAGCAGUGGAGUUGCCAAGUCAGUUAUGCCAUUGGAAGUGGAAUUCAGAGGGCUUUAAAGAAUGCUUGUCUCUGCAGGAUAAUUUUUCUCCCUUUCCGAUACUAAAAACACCCAGACUUCUGUGCUUAAUCUUUAUUAUGUUUUGCUGGCCUGGAGCAUAGUCGUAGCUCAGGGACAGGACAUCUGCCUUGCAUGCAGAAGGUCCCAGGUUCAAUCCUUGACAUCUCCAGGCACAUCUUGAGAGAGACCCCCUGAGUCUGAAACCCUGGAGGGCCGCUGCCUGUCAGAGAAGACAAUGCUGGGCUAGAUGGACCAACAGUCUGACUCACUGAAAAGCAGCUUCUUAGUUAGCCCUGCGUUCAGAACCAUGGGGACUGGAAUCUUGCUCAAUUUUAUGGCAAGGGUUGCAGCUCAGUGUGCCCAGCUUCACUUCCCUCUGGCAGCAUCUCCAGCAUUUUUAAAAUUGCAUUUUAUAUGUGUUUGUGCAUUGAGUGCAAAUCAUAAAGAAUCUGCUUUGAUUGCAUAGGUCAGAUCGAAGGUCGUGCAAAGAGCACCUUUAAUACAGUCUUGGUGCCUGUUUGGGAAUGUAGUUGAAUGAAUGCAAAUCCUUUUAAAAAAUUACUCCGAUUUCUUUCGUUUAUGGGUGAUAUAUUGGGGAAGAUUCUGGGUGGCAUCUGAAAUCUCAUUUUUUUGGCUUUUCAGAGAGCAGGGCUAGGAUGUCAACUGCCAAGAGCUUUUGGGGCAUGUCGACAAGACAUCAGUCCUGGGUGUAACCAAGGAGGAAGCUGCGUGCUGCAAGCAGCGGGUUCCAACUGCCCUGGGGUUUCUCAUUAUCAGCUUCAAUCUGCUGUGUCAACUGCUGCAGCUGCCCCUCUCCUCACGACAAGGAGUUGCAGUGGGCUGGUGCAGGCACUCGGGUCCCUUGCUAAUGCAGAAUCCAGCUGCCGCUGUCAGGGGUCUAGUUGACGCAGCAUUUAAAAAUAGAUGUGGGAAGCUUAGGGGUGUUAUGCAAUGGCUCCCAAAAGGGUGAAGUGGGUGGGUCGGCCAACCACCAAAGAUCCAAAAGAGGAAGGGGUUCAGGUUACUUUCCCUGACCUUGAAGCCCAUGGCUUCACUACAAAAGCAAACCUGAGGCUGGGGUGUGUAGAAAUCAGGGUGCUUAACAAUGAUAAUCGCAUUCUUCGGAGAUCGUAUUUUCUUAAACCGGUGUCAUCUGGCGGUUCAUGUUCAACACAGCUUGUCCUGGUUUGUAGCAGAGCCAGGGUCCUUGCUUUGAGGGUCGCAGCUCAGGUUUGGCAGGGCCCAAGAAGAGUUGAAAUCUUGAGUCUUGCAAGGAGAAGCUGUCGGUUGGACAAGGAAUGUGUCCCUCAAAGCAAUCCAAAGGAGAAGUGGGGGGGAGAGAAAGAGAAACACAAGAAGUAACUGGCAUAUUUUAUUGGAAUCAUAUAAUUGUAGAGUUGGAAGGGACCCCAGGUAUGAUAAGAAAUUCAAUAUUACCGUAUUGGCCUGAAUAUAAGCCUGACUUUCCCCCCAAAUUCCAACUGUGAAAAGUUAAAGCGUGGCUUAUAUUCGUGACCUUACAGUAUGCAGCCAGGAGCGUGGGGCGCCGGCAAUGCAGCUUUGCUCCCACCCCCCCAGUAUUCAGCCAGGAGCAGCAUGGAAUGGAGCUGCUUAUAUUUGGGUAUUUUUUCUUUUUCUCCCCCCCCCCCCUCCAAUUUUAAAGGUUCGGCUUAUAUUCGGGUGCGGCUUAUAUUCGGGCCAAUACGGUAUUUCUCUGUUGUUGGUGUAUGUUUUGAAAUAAAAAAAUUCUUAUCUAUAUAAUAAAUGUUCAUAACUGCAUAAAUAAACCACAUGUCUGAAACCCCACAGAAAAAGUCCUGAGACCAUUUUGUCCCUCCCACAUUGACCUCAAAAAUUUCUCUGCAAGGUCGAAGGAAAAGGGAAGAGCCUCCCCAUUGUCUUUUCCUUCACAAAUCCUGUCUUAAGGGUAUGUCUGUGUAUGAAUAGGGUGAGCCUGUGACUUGGCUCAGGAACUAAGUAUUUAUCAUUACAAAAGACUGGCCAGGCUCCCCAGGGUUUCCAAUCAAGUGACCAUUAACAGGUAAUAUGCCAGACAGGAGAUAAACAUUGCACUCAGAUUUGCAUUCAGAUUUCUGUUGUAGACUGCCUCUUCUGUGAUGUAGGUAUGAUGUUUCUGGGGGUGGUCUUGGACUCCAGGGCGGGCAAUUUAAAAUGUCUAUAUAAGGGCGGGCACACCUUUGCUCUGGGUCCUCCUCCUUCUCCUGUGUGUGAAGGGGGCACCCUGUUGCAACAGUUCAAUAAAAGAUCAGGCUUACGAGCUGCUUUGCUUCUCAAUAUUCUCUGAUUGGCCUCUGUUAUUUUAUCCGACCAAUGGAGAACCUGCAAAGGACUCUAUAAGGGCUCUUGUGUCCCCCAUAAGGGAAUAAGGGCAGAUUUUUGUUUAUUACAGUUUCUAUUGCGGUUGGGAGGGCUGGAGUCCGUAUUCUGCCUUUCUUGAAGCUUCAGGAGUCGCCUGAAGCUUCAGAUUUUGCACCUGGCUAUCGGCAACUUGCAACCAAGUGAAGAUGCCAGGGCUCCAGGAUAGUGCCUGAGUAUCUGCACAAUCUGGAGGUGCCUUUCUGGGGAUCCUUGGGUCUUGCCUGUUUUCACACACUAGCAACACAAUCAUGUAGAACCAAAAAGUCAUACUGAAAAACGUGACUUUAGCGCUGUCUGGCCCCCAAAAAUGGCAACUAGGCAUUCUGUUUUGGCAACUGUAACUCUGAUUUAAGGAGCCAUUCGGCACCCAGCUUAUAUAUCUGAGUUUCUCACACUGUCGCCAGGUAUAUAUAGGAAAGGGCGAGGAAGGAGGCGGAGCUCUGCACAUCAUGCGAAGUCUGCUGCGGACCGUACAGCUGUGGUGGCAGUAAAUCUCUCCCGCUAACAGAGACAUCUUUGGCUCUCCUGGCUUGGAGUCUUUUCCAGCACAUGUGUGCAAGAUUAAAUUCGCCUCUCUUUCAAGGGUUGAGUUCUCCCAGAGUAGGAUUGCUCCUUCCAUGCCAGCUGACAGACCUGGCGAGUGGAGGAUGAAAGGAGGUGCAGUGGGGAAAGCUGCCGGUCAGUGUAGACGACACUAGAUGAGAUGGACCGAUAGUCUCUUUCUAUACUCCUGUUUAAAUCAGCACUUCUGUCAGAACAAUGAGGACUAGAAGCUUGCUUUAUUUUUAAAGAAAAGACCAUGGCUCAGUAGGAGAGCACCUGGUUUGAAUGCGGAAGGUCCCAGGUUUGAUGCCUCAGAGGGUCUAAAGACUUCCUGUCUCUAACAACAACAACAACAACAACAACAACAACAACUAAUAAUUUAUUAUUUAUACCCUGCCCAUCUUGUUAGGUAAAUCUACCUAACAUGCUUAUGGGGAGGCCCCCAUAAGCAUGUUAGGUGGGGUUAGAUCUUUCAUGGACUUCAUCUCUUGUUUGUAAAUAUGCUACUUUUGAGCAAAUAAAGUGAUAUUAGGAAAGAAGAAACGUGUGGGACUUCUUUUACUGCCCUUUCAACACGGACGCUGUGCAGUUCUGCUAAUUGCUUUACGACCUGCAGAGGCGUGCAGGGGAAGUGUGCCGGACGCCGAACAAUAAAGCAAUAAAUCUACCUAACACAUCUGGCUGGGUUUCCCUAGCCACUCUGAGUGGUUCCCAACAGAAUAUUUAAAACACAAUAAAACAUCAAACAUUAAAAACUUCCCUAAGCAGGGCUGCCUUCAGAUGUCUUCUAAAAGUCAAAUAGUUGUUUAUUUCCUUGACAUCUGAUGGGAGGUCGUUCCUCAGACCUUGGGGGGGGCAGACUAUAUAUUUGGGGGGGGAAUGAAUGAAUUCCUAUGUCCCACAAAUAACCCAGAGAUGCAUUUUAAAUAAAAACAUGCAUUCUGCUCAUGUAAAAACAUGCUAAAUCUGCAGGCCGGAUUUAGAAGGCAAUUGGGCCGGAUCCCGGCCCCCGGUUCCUUAGUUUGCUUACCCAUUGUUUAGGGCUUUAAAGGUCAGCACCAACACUUUAAAUUGUGCUCACAAAUGUACUGGGAGCCAAUGUAGGUCUUUCAGGACCAGUGUUAUAUGGUCUUGGCGACCGCUCCCAGUCACCAGUCCAGCUAGAGAGCUGUUUCUGCCAGUCAGUGAAGUCAGUCAUGUGCUAGGUAGACUGAUGGGCUGGCUCAGUAAUAAGGCAGCUUCCUCUGUUCUUAUUUAAAUUGACUCACCCUUCAAAACCAUGAUGACCGGAGUCUUCCUGUUGUGCACCAACUGCAAGCAGCAAGAGACUCCGGGGGUUCCAGGUGCUUCCCGGGGAAAAAAGAUGGAGGAGGAAGAAGAGGAAAAUCAAAGCUUGGGCAAUGUUGUGGCUGUGACCAGAGAAUGAAGUCAAUGCAAAUGCAGAUUGUAGGCUCUCUGGGACAAAGACUGGGGGAGUUUCAGGGUUCUGUGCCGGACCUGCAAAUACCCAGUUUCACAUAACCACCCUCUUUCUGCCUGCUCCCUUACAGAGCAGCUCCUGCUGAUGCAGUCACAUUCGCCGUGAAGCACUCGGAUGAUGUUGAGGUCGAAAUAAUCAGCGACGGCCAAUCAGAGCAUGCCCCUGCCAACGGCGGGAAGCAGUGGCCUCUGGACCCCAAGACCACCUUGAGUAUACAGAUGACGCGUCCCAGCACUGAGGCCAAUGACAACAAAGUAAGAGACAUUCCCACACUCGUUGCUUCCCUGGUAGGCUCAGUUUUGCAUUCCAAGCAGGGGCAGCGUUUAGCAGUGGUUCCUGCGUUGCAGCGGGUUAGACUAGAUGACCCUCAGGGUCCCUUCAAACCAUACAGUUCUAUGAUUCUUUAGCUGUGAUUACUGCACUGCAAAGGCUUUGACUAGAUGGCCCUUUGGAUUCCCUUCCCACUGUACAAUUCUGUUACAGUGGUACCUCAGGUUACAUACGCUUCAGGUUACAUACGCUUCAGGUUACAUACGCUUCAGGUUACAGACUCCACUAACACAGAAAUAGUACCCUGGGUUAAGAACGUCGCUUCAGGAUGAGAACAGAAAUAGUGCUCCGGCGGCGCAGCAGCAGCAGCAGCAGGAGGCCCCAUUAGCUAAAGUGGUGUUUCAGGUUAAGAACAGUUUCAGGUUAAGAACGGAAUGCAUUAAGUUCUUAACCCGAGUUACCACUGUAUUCUACAAGUAUCAGGACUUGCAGGAUUUCCAUUUACAAAUGCACAGCUUGAUCAGGACAGGUACCAAGCAGCCAGGCACAUGGCGAGGCAGGGAUGGGGGCCUUUGCUGAGCAAAUGCAAACGCUGCAGUUUAAAUUCACCUUUUAGGGAGCAUCAGCUGCCGCUGAGUAAACAUGCACCAUUCUUCUUGGCAGUUGUGCGGGGCAAAAGUGUAGGGUCAUGUGAAUCUAUUGUUUCAGUUCUGCUUCCAGCUGAUUGCAAAACUGAAAUCACCCUUGGUGUCUCUAAAGGGGCCGUGGUGUGGCAAGGGCUGUGGUUUUCUGCCAGUCCCCUAAUGAUGCAAGCUUCAUCCUCAAAAAUACCAAGGCUGGCAGUUAUUUUCCUGGCAUAGAGACUGGAGAGCUCUAAGCUCGGAAGGACUGGCGGUGAACAUGCAGCUGACCCUUAUCUGGCACAACGUAUCCUUGGAUCCCUUUUCCAUUUCAUAGGAUUGUAGCAUUGGAAGGAACCCUGAGGAUCAUCUAGUCCAACCCCUGCAAUGCAGUAAUCACAAAUGGCCACGCAACCUUUGCUUUAAAACUGCCAAGGAAGGGGAAUCAACCACCUUCCAAGGGAGGCCAUUGCGCUGUCGAACAGCUCUUGGUGUCAGAAAGUUGUUCAUUUAUUGUAACUUGAAUUUAUUGGUUCUGAUCCUACCCUCCAGAACAGGAGAAAACAAGCAUGUUCCCUCUUCCAUGGGACAGCCCUUAAGAUAGCUGAAGAUGGCUAUCGUAUCUCCUCUCAGUCUCCUCGAGUCUAAACAUACCCAACUCCUUCAACCAUUCCUCAUAAGGCUUGGUUUCCAGACCAUCAUCAUCUUGGUCACCCUCCUCUGCAAAUCUCCCAGCUUGUCAAUAUAGUUCCAGAUUGACUCUUUGGCUUUUCAAAACUUUAACUCUGCAUUGUACGUUCUUUCCUUCCUCAGGUAACUGUGGGCUAUUAUGGUGAGAAUGGAGGCCACCCCAUUGACCAAGCUGGUGUUUUCCUGACGGGAAUUGGUAAGUAUGAAGAUGUGCUCUCCCCCUCUCUUUCUCUGUCUUUCCCCCUAGGAUCAUAGAGUAGGGAAGGACCAGAUGGCCUUCCAAACUCUGCUUAGAAACCUCCAGCGAAGGAGUGUCCACAACCUCCCAAGGCAGUCCAUUUCACUUUCUAAAGGUCUUGCUGUCAGAAAGUUCUUCCUGAUGUUGAGAUAUUUGAGAGACAGCUAUCCUGUCACCUCUGUCUCCUCUUUUCCGCGCUAAACAUAUCCAGAUCCUUCAACCAUUCCUCAUCUGGCUUGGUUUCCAGACGCUUGAUCAUCUUGGUUGCCCUCCUCUGCACGCAUUCCAGCUUGUCAAUAUCCUUCUUAAAUUGCUGUGCCCAGAAUUGGAUACAGUAUUCCAGGUGUGGUCUGACCAAGGCAGAACAGAGUGGUACGAUUACAUCGGGACACUAGACUUCUGUUGAUGCAACCUAGAAUAGCAUAAGCUUUUUUUGCUGCUGCAUCACACUGUCAUGUUAAGCUUGUGGUCCACUAAGACCGCUAGAUCCUUUUCACAUGUCCUACUGGCAAGCCAGGUGUGUUCCCCAUCUUAUAUUUGUGCAUCUGGUUCUUCCUGCCUAAGUGCAGAACCUUACAUUUGUCCCUGUUGAAAUUCAUUUUGUUAAUUUGGGCCCAGUUCUCCAAUCUGUUAAGGUCAUUUUGAAUCCUGAUUCUGUCUUCUGCGGCAUUAGCUACCCCUCCCAGUUUGGUGCCCUCUGCAAAGAGGAAUCUUUUGUCACCCCACCAAGGAAUUGUCGUCCGACGCAGCUAAGAAGCUUCCAGUGUUGGAGGCUGCCAUUCUUCUGAAUCUCAGUUGCUGGAGGGCAGAGGGCCCUUGUGCUUGGGUCCUGUUUGCAGACUUCCCAUGGGGGUAUCUGGCCGUCGAGUGUGAGAACAGGAUGCUGCGUUAGAUUGGCCAUCGGCCUGAUCCUGCAGGCUGUUUUUAGGAUCUUUCUUACGCUAUGCUUUUAUCAAGCGGUUUUAAACUCUUUCUAAACAAAACAACUCUGAGCUGGCACCCUGGAAUUCCUGGCUGCAUCUGGAAGAACCUACCAGUACUGGUUGUGGAGGCGGUGGAGCAAUUUUUAUCUACAGCCGUACCUUGGUUCUUGAACGGAAUCCGUUCUGGAAGUCCAUUUGACUUCCGAAAAAGUUUGAAAACCAAGGCGCUGAUUCCGAUUGGCUUCGGGAGCACGUUCAGCUUCCGAAAAAAGUUUGCAAACCCGAACGCUCACUUCUGGGUGUGUGGCGUUCGGGAGCCAAAACGUUCGAGUCGCAAGGAGUUCGAAAACCAAGGUACGGCUCUGGCCUUUUUUGUGAAAGCAGGGAGCUCCUUCCACCCCAGCUGUGCUGGCUCUUGUGGCCGUCGCUCCAGAGAAACUGUAGCCGUGAGCGUUGUCCCUCUGGUCUCCAAGGCAGCAGUGAAAACAGCUCUCCAGCAAUGUCGGGGUUGUCUCACAUGAUGGGUCCGGAUGCCGUCGGGAAACCGGAUAGUUGGCCCUCCUUGAAAGGUGGAUGGGUGGGUGGGGUGUAUGUUACUGGACUCUUGAAUCAGGCUAGUGAGGACUGUCUUACACACACACACACACACACACACACACACACACACAAGCUUUGUUACUUAUUCUUAGAAUCAUAGAAUUGUAGAGUUGGAAGGGAUCCCUGAGGGUCAUCUAGUCCAACCCCCUACAAUGCAGGAAGCCCAACUGAAGCAUCCAUGACAGAUGGCCUUCCAACCUCUGCUUAAAAACCUCCAACGGAAGAGUCCACCACAUUUCCAACGGAGUCCAUUCCACAGCUAAGGUUUAGUCGGAAUCUCCUCAUUUGAAUCCAUCCAUUUGGGUCCUGCCCUCUGGAGCAACAGAAAACAAGCUUGCUCCCUCUUCUGCGUGCUCCUUGAGGACUAGUGCCUUGCAUUAUUUUUAGCUGGAGGCAGUAGCUCUGUGGUGCAGCUCCUGCUUUGCAUGCAGAAGGUUCUGGGUUCAAUCCCCAGCAGCAUCUCCAGGUAGAGCUGGGGAAAGACUCCCUGUCUGAAGCCCUGCUGCCAGCCAGUGUAGACACUGCAGGGGUAGGUGGACCAGAGCUCUGGCACACCAGAAGGCAGCUUCCUAGGUUGUUAAAUAAGCCCAUCAUUCAGAUCCAUGAAGGCGGGGAUCUUAGGGGAAAGAGCACAGAAGUAGCAUGGAACUGUUAUAGAUGGAUCGGGAAACUGGGAAACUACCCAAUAUCUGGCUUUUCUCUCUAAGUAAAUGUAAAGGUACCCCUGACCUUUAGGUCCAGUCGCAGACUCUGGGGUUGCAGCGCUCAGGAAAUGUCCCGGAUAUCCCACAAAUUGGGAAGGGUUUGCUGACUCGACUUUUAUAUUUUUCUAGAGAUUUCUCUGGAUGUCGAUGCUGACCGCGAUGGGGUGGUGGAGAAGAACCACCCCAAAAAGGUGAACAUUUCUUCCUGCUUUUGUUUGCAUGGAGAUUUGCAAAGAUGUGGUGAAGAGAUUUUAAAAAAAUUAAAAUGUCUUCACCAGCCUGAUCAGUGCUUUUUUCCCUAAAGAAAUGUUUAGGGUUACUCUCAUUUUCCUACUCAUAUUGAAUUACUGCCCCUCAAUGAGGCCAAACUUAGAUUCACCAAAUAUUUUGGGGUUUACACACCCCCUGCAUCCCCCAGAAAAAAAAGCACUGAGCCUGAUGCUCUCCACCUGUUUUGAAUCACAACCCCCAUCAUCCAGUGCCACCGGAAACACUCUCUUUGUGGCUCAUGGGUGUUGUAGUCCAUCGCAGCUCGAGAGGCACCAAGGUGGGUGACGGCUGGACUAAGGUCACUUGCUGGUCCUGGCACAGAGCUGGCCCUUGGCUUCCUAGGAUGGGAGCAGAUCAUUUGAAGCUCUUCUUUGUGACACUAAGCUCUCCUCUCUGAAAUCUGAACGCUGAUAUCUGCCUGAAAUCCUGGAGAGCUGCUGCCAGUCAGAGUAGACCGUACUGAGACGCAUGGACCAGUGGUCUGACCUGGUGAAAGGCAGCUUCCUUGUUAUAUCAUAACCUUCAGGACUGGGGCAUCUGCCUCCUUAGUGCCCGCCUACAAAUGCCUGAUCCCGGUUGUGUGCUUCUGUCCCCAAGGCCUUGCGGAAACAGGACAGCUCUCCUCUCCAUCCAGCUGUCCGGGGAGGUGGGGGUGCAGGACGGAGUCAAAUGGGGUUAGCCCUCAGCCCUGCGAGGCAUUUAAAUUGCCAUGGAAAGCUCCCAUGGAAAGGCUGGGACACUCUGUACGAAAGGGGAGCCUCCCGCUCUGCUCCUGCCCUGCCCUGCCCUGCCACCCGUCCUUUGGCACAGAGGCCCUCCAUUCCUCCAGGCUCCCUGCUGAGGCGAGGCAGUGAUCCCUCUGGGCUGCAACGCUCCUUGGAAAGAGCCUCUUGCUACCCUGGGGUCAAUCGGGGCAGAAUGCUGUGCCCAACAGAACUGCAACCCAGAGCCUUCCUUGGAAUCUGACUCCCAAGGAAAAGGGGCACUGAGUGUCCCAGCUACUGUUUAGGAGAAGAACCUCAGAAAAACCCCAUGCUGAUCAGGCCAAUGGCUAAUAAUAAUAACUUUAGUAUAAUAAUUUUAUUAUUUGUACCCUGCUCAUCUGACUGGGUAGCCUCAGCCACUCUGGCCAGCUUACAAAAUGCAGUGCUACCUCGAUGUCUCCAUUGCCAAACGUUUCGGUUUUCGAAUGCCAAAAACCCAGAAGUAAACACUUCCGUUUUCGAACGCGCCUCAGAAGUCCAACGGCUUCCGCUGCGUGUUUUUCAUUACCAUUACCAUUAUUAUUAUUUGUAUCCCGCCCUCCUGCCGGAGCUGGGCUCAGAGUGGCUAACAUCAUAUAAAACACAAUAUACAUAAAAAUAAACAAACGAACAAUUCAAAUGCAUGCCAAAAUUAAUUCAAAUAAAUUAAAAUUAGACUGGACAAAUGGCCAUCCUCAAGUUAAAAUUGAAAGCGGUUAAUACUCACCAGGACCAAUUAUUUCCACUGAUAUUAUAAGGACCUAUGAGCGGGUUGGGAAACCUCCUUCGUACUUGUUCAUACAAAGAGAAAAUGAGUCAGACUGAACCCUGGCCAAAGGCCUGGCGGAACAGUUCUGUCUUGCAAGCCCUGCGAAAAUAUGUCAAAUCUUGCAGGGCCCUAGUCUCUUGUGAGAGAGCGUUCCACCAGCCCGGGGCCACAGCCGAAAAGGCCCUGGCUCUGGUCGAGGCCAGUCUAAUCUCCCUGGGGCUCAGGAUAUUCAGGUUUUUGUUAUUUGUACACCGUAAGGUCCUCCGUGGGGCAUACCAGGAGAAGCGAUCCCGUAGGUACGAGGGUCCUAGACCGUAUAGGUUUUUCAGUUUUCUCAACUGAAUUGGCAGACAACCCUUUGUGCCUCGGUUUUCAAACGUUUUGGAAGUCGAAUGGUCUUCUGGAACGGAUUACAUUCGAGAACCUGAGGUACUACUGUAUACACUAACAUAAUAAAAUAUUAAACAUUUUAAAAACUUCCAUAUGCAGGACCGCCUUCAGAUGUCUUCUAAAGGUUGUAUAGUUCCUUAUUUCCUUGGCUCGGGGGUGUCAUGACUCCAUACCCUCCAACAUCUCCCUGAUGGAAAAAGGGAUGUCCUAAGUAAAAGUGGUACAGUCCGAGAUCAAAUCAGAAACCAGGACGGCGUCUGUAAAUCCAGGACUGUCCCUGGAAAAUAGGGAAACUUGGAGGGUCUGCAAAAUGAUUAUCAAUCUCACCAAGACAACUGAUUAAAUUUUUAAAAUUUAUUUAUUUAUUUCACAAUGAACAUUGCUUGGUUGUAGAAGGGGGAAAAAACCUCAAUGGUAAAACGAUACAAUUAUCCAUAAGAAUAAUGAUUUAAAAAAAAUCAUUGAAGGCCAAUGCAUGCAGAAAGUCAUUGACGAACCCACAGUAAUUGGGUCACAAAUCUGCAAGAGCAGAAUGUGCUGCUUUGUAUAGUUACUCAUCUCCUUGACAUCUGAUGGGAGGGCGUUCCACAGGGAGGACACCACCACCAAGAAGGCCCUCUGCCUGGUUCCCCAUAACCUUACUUCUUGCAGGGAGGGAACCUCCAGAAGGCCCUCAGAGCUGGACCUCAGUGUCCGGGCUGGAUGAUGGGGGUGGAGACGCUCCUUCAGGUAUACUGGUCUGAGGCCGUUUAGGGCUUUCAAGGUCAACGCCAACACUUUGAAUGGGGAGCUUACUGCGAGCCAAUGUAGGUCUUUCAGGACCAAUGUUUAGACAGUCCUGGCAGCCACUCCCAGUCACCAGUAUGGCAGCUACGUUCUAGAUUGGUUGUAGUUAACUGUUGGAGAACUUCCAGCGGGCAGUGGGGAAACAGAAUUUAUCUUAUUGGCACAGCACUGGUUCAAAUGAUAAAAGCAAAAAGGGGAAACCCUUUGCCCCAUUCUGCUGGCUAAACUCAAGAGGCAGUGGUGGUGUAGUGGUUAGAGUGUUGGACUAGGAUCCAGGAGAGACAAGGGUUCAAAUCUGCCCCCCCACUGGACUCGGCCAUGAAACAUGCUGGAGUGACCUUGGGCCCAGUCACUGCCUCUCAGCCUAGCCUACCUCGCAGCGUUGUCGUGGGAAUUAAAUGAGGAGAGGGAGAGCCACCUUGAGCUCCUUGGAGGUGAAAAUGCCAUCGAAAUGCAAUGAAAGUGUUGCACUUCCAGGCGGUGUGGACGUGGGGUCCAGAUGGGCAGGGUGCUGUUCUGCUGGUGAACUGCGAUAAGGAAAGUCCGUACACCGGAAAGGAGGACUGCCAAGAUGACAAAGUCUUCUCGAAGGAUGGUAGGUGGGCGUCUGUUGAAUCCCCAAAUCCUUUAUCUUUUCUUUUUUGUAACAGUAUUUUAUUCUUUUUCCAAUCUAGAAAGUUACGUUUGUUACUUAGCAAUUACGGUACAUUCUAAUUCAACAAAACUAGUGACUUACUGCUCACCUGACAUGGAUGUUUGUAACUCAAAUUACAUACAAUUGUGUCUUAAGGUUCCGCCUUACCUAAUUUCACCCUCUCUGACAUGUUUCUUAAUAUAUUCUGCUAUUUUCUAGCACUUCAAACCCCGCUGUGAUCCUUGCAUUUGGGAAAUAACGUUUUAUAUAGACUAGAAAAGGGUUCCCGGUCUUUAAAGGAGUCUAGAUUUGUAUCAGCGCCAUCAGUUUUUCCAUCUCUGCAUAUUCCAAGAUUUUCAUCACGAACCCCAAAUUCUGAUGUGCAUUUCUCUUUUCUUUUCCUCCCCCCCACCCCGGGUCUCCUUUCCUCUCUCUGUCCCGGGCAUCGAACCCCCGCAGACCUGGAAGACAUGUCCCGCAUGAUUUUGAGAACAAAAGGCCCUGACCGGCUGCCUCCAGGCUAUGAGAUGGUCCUCUACAUUCCGCUGUCCGACUGCGACAAAGUUGGGGUAUUUUACCUUCAGAGUAAGUGGGCUGUCUGUUUCCGCUCUCUGUGUUGUAAUGUUUUUACUGCAAGAAUCAUCAGGACAUAAGGAGAGCCUGGCAGCUGGAUCAGGCCCAGUGCCCGCUUUGGUCCAGCCUCCUGUUUUUGCAUUGGCCACCCCAAAGAGAAGCCUACAAGCAGGAUCCAAGCACAAGAGCCCUCUCCCCACCUGCAAUUUCCAGCAACUGAGAUUCAGAAGCAUUGCUGCCUCUCACCAUGAAGGCAGAGCAGAGCCAUUGUGGCUGGUAGCCAUCAAUAGCCUUCUCCCCCCCCCUCCUCCUCCUCCUCCUCCUCCUCCUCCUCCUCCAUGAAUUGGUCCAAUCCUCUUUUAAAGUAAUCCAAGCUAGUGGCCAGGGACACGGGUGGCACUGUGGGUUAAACCACAGAGCCUAGGACUUGCCGAUCAGAAGGUCGGCGGUUUGAAUCCCCGCGACGGGGUGAGCUCCCGUUGCUCGGUCCCUGCUCCUGCCAACCUAACAGUUCGAAAGCACGUCAAAGUGCAAGUAGAUCAAUAGGUCACCUCCAGGCUUGAUUAACUCGCUCUACGCAGGGCUGCCCUUGAAGCUGACCCAGAAACUCCAGCGGGUGCAGAAUGCCGCGGCGAGGCUCCUUACGGGGUCCUUGCCGCGGGAUCACAUUCAUCCAGUGCUUUACCAGCUGCACUGGCUCCCGGUGGAGUGCAAGGUCAGGUUUAAGGUGCUGGUUUUGACCUUUAAAACCCUAUGCGGCCUAGGACCCACGUACCUACGGGACCGCCUCUCCUGGUAUGCGCCGCAGAGGACCUUAAGGCCACAAAUGACAACACUUUGGAGGUCCCAAGUCGCAAGGUGGUUAGAUUGGUCUCAACUAGGGCAAAGGCCUUUUCAGUACUGGCCCCGACUUGGUGGAAUGCUCUGUCACAAGAGACUAGGGCCCUGCAGGACUUGACAUCUUUCCGCAGGGUCUGCAGUCAGGACUCAGUCUGACCCUUAUGUUUCCCUCCCCUUAUGGUUUUGAUCUAUGGGCUACUAUUAAAAUGAGGCUGCAUUUUAACCUGUAUUUUAAAUUGGUUCUCCCCCCAUUAUGUUUUUAUUGUAAUUUAGCCACCCUGAGCCCAGCUCUUGCGGGGUAUAAAUAAAAUUUAUUAUUAUUAUUUGUGAAUAGGUGGCAAAAUUUUAACCUCAUCUCCCCCACCACCACCUGAGAAAGCGCAUGCACAUGUCACGUUAAUUCUUGCACCUGCAUCUCAUUUGUAGCAAAGAGCAGCUUGGGAAUAAUUAGGCCUGAUGGGUCGUCAACACAUCUAAUUAGAAAGGACCCCGGUGUCUUCAACAUUCCAGUAGCUCCGUUGGCGCCCAGAGAUGGGCCCACCGACAACUCACUGAAACCAGGCAUUGAAAUUGGAGCCGGCCGAGGGGAAGGGGCGGCAUUCCCUGGCAAGGAGCUCCAGAGGGGCUUGUCAAUCAGCUGCUAACUCUGCCUCUGUCAGGAGCUGCUCUCUGAGAGAUCCUAGGGAAGCCAGCCAAGCCGAGUGGCCCGGGGUUACCUCUCAGCGUUCUUCCUAGGGAAGGAGGCUGGCUGUUUGCUUCUCUGAGCCGUGGAAUAAUUAAAUGGGUGAUCUGGGUGAAGGCUCCCUAAAAUCUCUGGCGAAGGAGGACAGCCCCCCCCCAUCUGUUGUGAAGUGGGGCGAAGAGGGAAGGGGUGAAACUUCUGAGCUCCCUCUUACUAAUUUAAGGCUCACCAGCUGGUGUUUUCAUUGAUAUUUUCUUAAACUCAAGCUUGGCCAAAGUGGAGCAGGGAUCGCAUUUAAGCAAAUAUUGGCUCAUUCGAUCUCAUUUUUCUGUUAAGCUACAAAUGACUAGUUGAAAGUGUCCUGGGCUUUGUUACUUCCGUGAACUCUUUUUCCAGAGUGCCUUAAGGGAAGAGAUGUAGUAGCUCUGUGACAUGCAGAAGGUGCCAGGUCCAACCCCUGGCAGCAUCUCUAGAAAGGCACUCCUUGUCUGAAAACCUGGAGAGCAGCUGCAAGUCAGUGUAGACACUGCUGAGCUACAUGGUUUGACUUAGCAGAAGGCAUUUUCCUUCGUUUUAAAAUCAGCCCUUCAUUCAGCACAAUGAGGACUAGAAUCUUGAGAGGGGGAAAACAUAGCUUAGUUGGAGGUCACUUGCUUUGUGUGCAGAAUGUUCAAUCUCUGACAUCCCCUAAUUAACGGAGGAUUUUUCGAUUGCAGACAAGGUGAAAGGACUCUUUUGGCCUGGGAUUUUGGGCAGCAGCUGCUGGUCAGAGUUGGCAGCACUAUUCUAGAUGGACAAAUAAAUGCGAAUUGGUGUAAGAUUGUGUGUGUGUGUGUGUGUGUGUGUGUGUGUGUAAUGUUAUAACAACAUAACACACACACACACACACACACACACACACACAUAUAUGUAUAUAGACGUGGGUGGCGCUGUGGUCUCAACCACUGAGCCUAGGGCUUGCCGAUCGGAAGGUCAGCGGUUCGAAUCCCUGCGACGGGGUGAGCUCCCGUUGCUUGGUCCCUGCUCCUGCCAACCUAGCAGUCCGAAAGCAUGUCAAAAUGCAAGUAGAGAAAUGGGUACCGCUGUGGCAGAAAGGUAAACGGCAUUUCCAUGCUUCUCUGGUUCGCCAGAAGCGGCUUAGUCAUGAACCGGAAGCUGUCUGUGGACAAACGCCGGCUCCCUCAGCCUAUAGAACGAGAUGAGUGCGCAACCCCAGAGUCAUCCGCAACUGGACCUAACGGUCAGGGGUACCUUUACACACACACACACACACACACACACACACACACACACACGAUGAUAUCUUCCCAUGUAAAUUGACAAAGGAGUCAGCUUGUAUCCAUCUAGACAUUACCCAGAAUAGACCCAUUGAAAUGAACAGACUGAAAUUAGUCCAUUAAUUUCAAUGGGCUUAGUCUGAGCAGGUCUCAGUUGAUGGCAAUGCUCAGUGUUAAACAACUGAAGGUUACGUUUUCAAGGUCUUCCAGUGAUGGGCGUUUAGCUCUUAAACGUAGCUGCAGGUGGGUAUGAUGCCCACCCACUCCAAUAAAACCCAACCUUUGGCGACCACCUCAUUUUACAGCAGCCACAAGACAUUUGCUGCAGCCCGUGACAUCAUCGCUCUGUUUGGCCUCCCCUAAUCCCCAGGAGACAUCUCUGCCUCCGACACGCCUUGUUGUGUCUUUUAUUGCUGGUUAUAAAACCAGAUUCGGUUACGGGGUUGUUGGAUGGGGCUAAAGAAGGGGGGGCAGUGGAGAAUGCUGUCCGUGUUGGAGAGGCCUGGCUGGUGGGAUUUGCAGUAAUAUCCAAGGCAAUACGAUGACCAAGAACAACAAUGCAAUAUCAAUAUAAACUCUUUAUAUAGUCUAUACGGAACAUUGAACAAUAUGAGAAACCAAAUAAACAGAAAUCAUACAAAUCUCUGAAAGUCACUAAAUUUGCACUCUUGAUGGAUUCUCUUAAAAACAUAGAACCAAAUAAACAGAAGUCUUAUAAGUCUCUGAAAGUCUUUGUAGACUGUGCAAGUCUCUGAAAGAAGCAAUGGGUCAGAUUCUUAUCUGAUGAAAACAAGCCAUAAAUCUUUGUUUUAUGACGUCCAAUGCUGCCGAAAUGGUCCGCAAUCAGAUGUAGUGAACAGUGAGUUAUUGUAAGUUACCAUGUAUAUGCAGGUCAUCGUUUCAGUAAUUCAUUUGUAGUUUAUGAAACAUUUCUGUAUCCUUCUGCUGUGCUGAAGAAGAAUUCUACAAAACAGUGGGUAUAUCCAGAAUCACUGUUCACUACGUCUGUUUGCAGACCGCUUCGGCAGUGUUGGACAUCAUAAAACAAAGCUCUGUGUUUUCAAGAGAAUCCAUCAAGAGAACACAUUUAGUGACAUUCAGAGAUUUAUAAGAUUUCUGUUUAUUUGGUUUCUCAUAUUGUUCAAUGUUCCGUAUAGACUAUAUAAAGAGUUUAUAUUGAUAUUGCAUUGUUGUACUUGGCCAUCGUGUUGCCUUGGAUAUUACUGAUAAUUGUUUGCAACAUGGGGGUUUAAUUGUUUGGUUACUUAUUGGUGGGAUUUGCAGCCAGGCCUGGCGUGAGGUGGAUGUGCCUGUCAAAGGGGGAUGAGUGGAAGAUCAAUCCCCAGAGGUGGCAUCUAUCCACCUAUGGGAAGGUCGUAGCUCAGCAGUAGGACACCUGCUUGGCAUGCAGAAGGACCCAGGUUGGAUCUCCAGCACCUCCAGGUGAGACUGGGAAGGAUUCCCUGCCUGGUACCCUGGAGAGUCAUUGCUGCCAGUCCGUGCGGACGAUAAUUGAGCUAUACGGCCCAACAAUCUUAACUUGGUAUAAGGCAAUUUGUCUGUAUUCCUAAAUCCUACUCAGAGCAGGUCCACUGAAUGAAUGGACCUACCUCACACAGUUGUUGUGGGGAUUAAAUCAGGGGCAAAGAGAAAACCGUGUACACCACCUUGGGGCCCUCUGGAGAAAACAGUGGGAUUGAAAUGCAAAAAUAAAAUAAAUACAGUGGUACCUCGGGUUAAGUACUUAAUCUGUUCCGGAGGUCCGUUCUUAACUUGAAACUGUUCUUAUCCUGAAGCACCACUUUAGCUAAUGGGGCCUCCUGCUGCUGCGCCGCCGGAGCAUGAUUUCUGUUCUCAUCCUGAAGCAAAGUUCUUAACCCGAGGUACUAUUUCUGGGUUAGCAGAGUCUGUAACCUGAAGCGUAUGUAACCCGAGGUACCACAUAAAAUAAAAUAAAAUAAAGCUAGCCGAAUCUAUUAACUGCAGCGGGUUUGCUUGAAAUCAGGCUAGCUUUGGGUACAGCCUGGAGUAAUUCCAAAAAGACAAAUUUACGGUAAUAUUCUCCCCGCCCCUCGCUUUUCCAGCAAGAAAAUGUUCAGCUCAGAGCAUCUCACAUAAAUAAGCACUGAAAUAAUAGUUCCCUUUCAGAGAGCCCUCCUUUCUCCCUGGCCUCACAGACUCGGCUUGUUUUUGAGUCCUGAGGAUCAAUUGUUUGGCGUCUCUCAAGGGCAUCAGAGUCUGGUGACUGGGUGAAAGCUAAGACCUCUCUGGCCAGGUUGCCAAAUAACUGUUCCCUGGGAUUGAGUUGCAGGACCUUGAAUUGUGGACAUUCUGGUUUCCGAGCCAGGCGUUCAAUUAGUGUAUUAAUUAGCUGGGUUGGGGGAGGGCAAUGGAGUUGCCUUCACCUCCUCAGUGGAUAGCAGGGUUGGGUGGGCUUGCUCCUUGGAUGUCAGUUUUCUCGGACCCUGCCCAAUCCCAAUUUCCCUCCAAAUCACAGAAAAGGAACUCGUAUUUGAACCUGGCCUUCACUAACUCAAUGAAGAUGUCGACCUGGUGUGUGUCAGCCAUGAAAAAGGCAAAUUCCAUGCUCCAGGGAUCAUUGGGAAAGGAAUUGCAAAUAAAGCUGCUGAUAUCGUAAUGACUUUUUACAAAUCUUUGGUGCGGCCGCAUUUGGAAUACCGUGUACAGUUCUGGUUGCCUCGCGUCAAAACGGAUAUGGCAGAGUUGGAAAAGGAUGUGAUUUUAAUCUGUAAUGCAAAAGAUUUUCCCAGCCUGUUUUGGUUCCAUGUGGAUGUUUGCAGGCCAGGCUUAACAUCUGUACAUGUAUUUGUCCUGGAAGGCAAUGCUUGGUAAUUGAUAUAUAAAAUCUCACAAUAAAUCUUGUAAUAUAUAUAUUUAUUUAAGUUUCAGAAAAAAGCGGCCAAAAUGAUCAAAGAGGGGAUGGAGAAACUCCCCUGCGAGGAUAGAUUUGGGACUUUUAAAUUAGAUAAAAGUAGGCGGUGGCACAAUAGAAGUUUAUAAAAUUGUGCACAGCACAGAGAAAGUGGAGUUUUCCUCCUCCUCUCAUAACACUAGAACUCAGGGAUGUCCAAGUAAACUGAAUGUGGGAAGGUUCAGGACAGAGAAAAGGAAGCCCCUUUUCACACAGCACUGCGUUAACCUAUGGAACUCCCUGCCUCAGGAGGCAGUGAUGGCCGCUAACUUGGAUGGCUAUAAAAGAGGAUCAGACAAAUUGAUGGAGGAAGAAAGGGCUUUCGAAGGCUACUGCAUAGAUGGCUAUGCUCUGCCUCCACAGCUGGAGGAAGCAGUGGUUCUAAAUCCCAGUUGCCAGAGACCACUGGAGGGGAAAGGCCUCUUGUGUUCGAAUCCUGCUUGCAGGCUUCCUGUGAACAUGAUGAUGGUCUAGAUGCACUCCUGGCCUGAUCCAGCAGAGUUCUUCUUCCUUACUUGUGUUGAUCUCCGCUUUCUUUCCCGCCACAGACCCCUUCUUAAAAAAAAAAAUAAGAUUUAUUUGGUAUUUCAGAUUAAUAUUUUACAUCCCAUUUCCAAGAUACAACAUAAAAACAAAAUACCACAGAAUCCCUGGACUUCCCUCCUUCCCUUUGUGGGUCCUAUUGUUAAUCAUUUCCUCCUGCAUCUUUUAGAAUAAUCCAAAUAUUUUUUUACCUCUCCGUUAUAUCCAAAAUUCAACUUUAAACUGCAAGUGUUAUUCCAACACUGCAAAUGAUUUUAACUGCUUACAAUGGUUUUUAAGAUAAAUUAUAAAAUUUCCCCAUUCCUUAUUAUAAUUUUGGUCUUCCUGAUUUCUGAUUCUUCCAGUCAAUUUAGCCAUUUUGGCAUAAUCCAUCAUCUUAAUCUGCCAUUCUUCUCUGGUCAGGACAUUAUCUUCUUUCCAUCCCUGAGCCAAUAGCAUCCGUGCAGCCAUGAUUGCAUACAUAAAUAGAUUUCUGCUCCAUUGGGAUUUUGGCACCUAGACUCCCUAAAAUAAAAGGCUUCUGGGUUUUUAAAGAAAAAGUUAUUUUAAGCAUUUUUUCCAAUUCAUUAUAUAUCAUUUCCCAAAAUUCUUUUACUACCUGACAUUUCCACCACAUAUGAUAAAAGGUGCCUUCAUUUUUCCUUACAUUUCCAACAUAUAUUUGACCCGCAGAUCCCUUCUUUGGCCAGCGCUACAUCCACGUCCUGGGGCCACGGAAGCUCUUCCACGUUGUGAAAUACACAGGGGGCUCUGCAGAGAUGGAAUUCUUUGUCGAGGGUCUCCGCUUCCCAGACGCCGGCUUCAACGGUCUCAUCACCAUCAACGUCAGCCUGCUGGAGCCAGUUGCUGAGGUUCGGCCAGAGAAAGGGGGGUGGGUGCAGUGGAGGCAGUGGAGAUGCUUUCAUCCAGCAAAGAGGAUGCUUCAAAUAAUAAUACUUUUUAAAAAUUUAUAUGCCGCCCAUCUGACUGGGUUGCCCCAGCCACUCUGGGCACCUUCCGACAAAAUACUAAAACACAAAAAGGCCUCAAACAUUAAAAACUUCCUUGUACAGGGCUGUCUUCAGGUGUCUUCUAAAAGUCAGGGAGAUGUUUAUUUCCUUGACAUCUGACGGUAGGGCGUUCCUUUUUUAUAUAAUAAAUUUUAUUAGAUUUUCACAAAUUUAAUGUAUAAAAUUCAGUGUUAGGUAAGGUUCCCAUUCGGGCUGGUAUGUCACCGUCAUUACAGUUUUAAAGAUCACCUCGAGUGCCGCUUUUAAGCAAAAAGGCUUUGAAACGUCAGCUGCAGAACGUUGAUCAACAGCACAACACCGCGAGGGAAGUGAAAGGUCUGUGCGGGUAAGGAAGCUGGUGUGGCAGGGCAGGAUGUUAGUCUGAUAUUUAUUGUAUUCACAGCCCACCUUUCUUCCUCCCAAGGAGCUCAGGCACAUGGUACUCCCUCUUCUAAGUUACUCCCCACAACAACCCUGUGAGGUAGGUUAGACAGAGGGCCACUCAGCGAGCUUCAUGGCCGAGUAAGGGGGAUUUGAACCCUGGUUUCUCCCAGCACUCUAACCACUAUGCCACGCUGUCCAAACAGCAGUAUGCAGCCCAGUUAGCAAGCGGCUAAUGGAAGUUGUUGCUUUCAGGCAUCCAAAAGCUGUCCCCUCCUCCUGGCCACUGGCAUGGUGUAACUGCAGAAGGAGCUGCUGAUGUUAGGGCUCGACACUUCACUUCACACUGUUAAUGUGCCAGUUUUCCCUUGGCAGGUGACGGGUUCGCUUUCAAGUUUCCCUUUUCUCUUUGUCUGCUACUUCAGCCACAAAGAGGCUGCUUGGUGUGUGAAUCUCUCUCGCUGCCUCUCCCGCCCCCUUCCCACCUGCCUCUUCACCCCCACCCCAACAAAGCAAUACGAAUUGGGGGCCGCUAGAAGAAAAGGCCAGCUUUAAAUUAAGCUGGACGGCCUUCUCAUGUUCUCUCACUCGCCUGCUGGAAUGCUGCGCAUGACUCUCGUGGGGCCUGCAACUUCUAUUAGCCACCUGCUAAUCUGGCUAGGGAUCCCUAAUGGAUCUGUGUUCUGCCUUCUGCUUCCUUGCCCCAGCAGACCUUUCUCUUCCCUCACAGAAGCUGUGCUGUUGGUCAACGUCCCGUAGCUGUCUCUGUUUCUCUGGGCAGCCAGUUUUUAAAAACAGGGCCACCGUGUUUAAUGGAUUGGUGGCUUUUUAUCACUGGUGCAUUCUGCAACAUUUCAUUGGUGCAAUAACAGGGUAUUUAGCUGACCCAGAAACUCCAGCGGGUGCAGAAUGCCGCGGUGAGGCUCCUUACGGGGUUCUUGCCACGGGAUCACAUUCAUCCUGUGCUUUACCAGCUGCACUGGGUGCCGGUAGAGUACAGGGUCAGGUUUAAGGUGCUGGUUUUGACCUUUAAAGCCCUAUGCAGCCUAGGGCCACGUACCUACGGGACCGCCUCUCCUGGUAUGCCCCGCGGAGGACCUUAAGGUCCACAAAUGACAACACCUUGGAGGUCCCAAGUUGCGAGGUGGUUAGAUUGGUCUCAACUAGGGCCAGGGCCUUUUCAGUACUGGCCCCGACUUGGUGGAACACUCUGUCACAAGAGACUAGGGCCCUGUGGGACUUGACAUCUUUCCACAGGGCCUGCAAGACAGAGCUGUUCUGCCUGGCCUUGGGUUUGAACUCAGUCUGACCCUUAUGUUGCCCUCCCCUUACGGUUUUGAUCCAUGGGCUACUUUUAAAAUGAGGCUGCAUUUUAAAUUAUAUUUUAAUCUGUAUUUUAAAUUGGUUUAUUAUUAUUAUUAUUGUAAUUUUACUGGUGUUAGCUGCCCUGAGCCCGGCUCUGGCUGGGGAGGGUGAGGUAUAAAUAAAAAAUUAUUAUUAUUAUUAUUAUUAAUUAUUAACCCAUGCACUGUUCUGUUUCACCAGUUGUUCCUUGAUGCUACUAGCCAGGGUGGUUCUCUGCCACCAUGGCUGGAGGCAGCAAUCCUUCUGAAUACCAGUCCCUGAAUAAGAGCAGAAAGUUCUUCCUAAUGUUUAGUCGGAAACUCCUAUCUUGUAAUUUUGAUCUGUUGGUUUGGGUCCUGCCUUCUGGAGUAGCAGAAUACAAGCUGGCUCGCAUCUUUCUUCCAGGGUAUUCCACAGACCCCAAUUUUCACAGACACCGUAGUCUUCCGGAUCGCCCCAUGGAUCAUGACCCCAAACACUUUGGCUCCAGUCAGCGUUUUUGUCUGCAGGUAAGGUGUCAGAAAAGGAGGAGGCGUUGGAACUUAACAGGAGAUGUUUUGAAUGCAGGGUUUGGUUUGAAUUUGUAAAACCAGCUUUUGCAUCCUGAAACUCGGCUGGGGUUCAGGUUCUGUCAGUGGUGGGUUUCUUUUUUUCCAAAAACUAAGCAUUCGACAGCAACAAGGGAGAUGCAACAAACAGCAGCUGAUAGUAUAAAAGGAGAAACAUUUUAUUAUGACGAUCACUGAUGUUUAAUGCAAGUGCCAUUUAAUGGCACUUACAAAAGGAUGAGGUCAGGAAGGCAUUCGAGCCAGUUCGCAUUGUAAAGCAAAUCUACCUAAUUCUCCGAAUUUUGCAGUGAAGUUCCCUAACCAAGUUGUGUGUACAAAAAAAACACCAUACACAGGUGCGAAGUGUAAAUGAAUAUCAUACAAGAACGUGCUGCAGUUAGGGGAAAUUGCUUUGCUACAAUGUGUAUUUACAAGAAGUUCAAAAUGCAGACUGAUGUGUGAGCGUUAGGAGAAAUUCUCCCUAAAAUGCCGAUGAAUUUUGAUGAUUUUUUAUUAAAAAGAAAAUCAAUAGCUGAUGUGGGAAGGUGGAGAACUAAAGGUAAGGUUUGAAAAAAGUUAGAAACCGAAAUCAACAGGUUUUCUCACCCGUAAGCAUCAUGCCAGGUGGUCUGGAAGGCAGUAGUGGGAGAAAAGGGAGAAAAGGCAGAAUUGUUUGUGAUAUACUGGGGGGGGGGGUAGCCUCUUGGCAGGGGCUUUGUUGACUUCAGGGGAGAGGAACAUCUGCAGCACUCCAGAUGUUGCUGGACUCCAGCUCCCAUCACCAUCCCUUAAGUCAUGCUGGCUGCUGGGAGUCCAAUGACACUUAAGGGGCCACAGCUUCCCUGUCCUUGAACCCUCCCCUCACUUGCCUUUGUUGCCCAUACUUCGCACCUCAAACACUUGCCUUUAUUACCUGCAGUUACCCCUUUCACUGGGACGUGGGUGGUGCUGUGGGUUAAACCACAGAGCGUAGGGCUUGCUGAUCAGAAGGUCGGUGGUUCGAAUCCCCGCAACGGGGUGAGCUCCCGUUGCUCGGUCCCUGCUCCUGCCAACCUAGCAGUUCGAAAGCACGUCAAAGUGCAAGUAGAUAAAUAGGUACCGCUCUGGCGGGAAGGUAAACGGCAUUUCCGUGUGCUGCUCUGGUUCGCCAGAAGCGGCUUAGUUAUGCCGGCUGCAUGACCCGGAAGCUGUACGCCGGCUCCCUCGGCCAGUAAAGCAAGAUGAGCGUCGCAACCCCAGAGUCGGCCAUGACUGGACCUAAUGCUCAGGGGUCCCUUUACCUUUACCUUUACCCCUUUCACAGCUCUGCCUCCUUUUAAUGGGGAACCAGGGGUACCCAAAGAUGUUACCAGCUCCCAUCAUCUCUGACCAUUGACCAUGAUGUCAGCAUCUGGAGGGGCAUAGCUGUUCCCCAGCCCUGCUCUGUGGAGUCCACUCCACCCCACCCUACUUUCAUGCUGGCCACGAAAGCAUCCCCAGUUAACCCAUCUUUGUCCUCCCCUGUCAGUGUGAAGGAUAAUUACCUCUUCCUGAAGGAGAUCAAGAACUUGGUCAGCAAAGCUAACUGCAAGAUGUCGGUCUGCUCACGGUACAUGAACCGAGGGGACCGGUGGAUGCAGGUGAGUGGGUUGCCAGUCUUAAACUCUGGGGAGCCGUUGCUGCCAGCCAGUGUGGACAAUACCAAGGUACUUGGGCCAAUGACAUGACUCAGUCUAAAGCUCCCAAUCCACGAUUCUGCCCACAUUUCCUGAACUGCAAUUUCCCAGGUUUUCAAUAAAGGUAAGCUGUAAGAAGAGAUCUGCUGGAUCAGGCCAAUGGCCUAUCUAGUCCAGAAUCCUGUACUUACAAUGGCCAACCAGAUGCCCAUGAUGGGAAACCCAGGAUUCGAACACAAGAGCAAUUUUCCCCUCCUGCAGUUUCCAGCAAAUUGGAAUUGCUGUUUCCUCUUGCAGAGGUAGAGCAUAGUCCUAACGGCUAGUAGCCACUGACAGCUUUCACCUCCUCCGCGAAUUUGUCCAGUCCUCUUGUAUAGCCAUCCAAGUUGGUGACCCCGUCCUGUGGGAGAGAGUUCCACAGUUUAACUCCUUGCUGCACGAAGAAAGACUUGCUUUUCUCUGCCCUGAAUCUCCCAACAUUCAGCUUCAUCGGAUGUCCUUGGUUUUACCUGUGGGCUCCCAGCUUCCUGGCAGGAUGCAUGUUUAGCAGGCAGAUUUUUAUUUUUAUUUUUAAGGGGGGGGGGAGGAAAUUAUUUUUAUCCCCAGUGGGUCAUUAAGGAACUGAGCUUGCUAGAUUAAAGCAAAGCCCUUUGUGAGGAGGCAGCUCUGCAAUCUAAUGUUACAAAUGUUGGGCGAGUCCCCUCUUUGGCAAGAGCCCAUGGGGUUCCAGGCACUCACCCAGGGUCUGUGUUCCUUCGGAGAAUUGAGACACGGCAGAGAUUGUCAUAGCUUUAAGAAAUAUGGUUUAUUCACCUAUUUACACCUUCAGUCUGCAUGGAGGGAGUCCAGAUCUUGCUGAUUUCUCUUUUCCUCUGCAGGAUGAGAUUGAGUUUGGCUACAUCCAUGCCCCCCACAAGGGCUUCCCGGUGGUCCUGGACUCCCCGAGGAACGGAGGCCUCGAAGACUUCGCUGUGAAAGAGAUUUUGGUAAGAGCAUCCUCUUCUUACUGCCGUUACCACAACAUGUGAUUUAUCGUGAAUUCCCUUGUGCAAAGGAAGUUUUGCUAAGGUAAGGUCUGCUCUCAUCUGCUUUGCCAUCCCAAACAUGCAUCCUGCCAGGAAGGCAGACUAUGCUGGCAGAGAGCAGAGCCACACUGUCCAUCGGACGCACAUCCAGCCCACUUUUAAAGCGCAAAAUUUCCAUAAGAACCUAAGGAAAGCCUGCAGGAUCAGGCCAAUAGCCCAUCUAGUCUAGCAUCCUGACCUCACAGUGGCCAACCAGUGGCCUGCAGGAAACCCACAAGCAGCACAGGAGCUCUCUCCCCUACUACGGUUUCCAGGAACUCAUAUUCAGAAGCUUCACACUGCAGAGGCAGAGCACGACCAUCAUGGAUAGUGGCCACGGAUAGCUUUAACUUACUCCGUGAAUUUGCCCAACCCUCUUUUAAAGCCAUCCAAGUUGGUGGCCCUCCCUGCCUCCUGUGGAAGUGAGUUCCACAGUUUAACUAUACUGUUGUUGGGCUCCCAGCUCCCGUCCUCAUCCCUGACCCCUGGGCCCUGCUGGCUGGGGCUGAAGGGAGUCAGAAUUCUGCAGCAUCCGGAGGCCAGCCCAUUAGCUAUCCCCUCCUCUGGCUGCAAAGGAGGCUUGUGUGUAUGGCAGGGGGGCCAAAUGUGGGUAUGGGAACUCCAGAAGGGUGAUGUUGACCCAGUGUGAUGAGGGCUGAGCCUAGCUCAUUUCUCCAGAGCCCCCACCAGACCUUGUGUGCUUUUCGCUGGGGAGAGAGGGCAGCAACGGAAAGGGCAGCAAUGGUUAAGGGCAUCUGGGAGCAGCAGGAGGCUGACGUGGAACCCGCUGGGUCAGUCACCUGAAAAGAAAUGGGUUUUUAAUGCUGCUGUUUCGCUCUGUGAGAUCACGCUGUCUUCAUCUGCUCUGUUCCCCUUGGAAGGGGCAGAGCGAAGACACUGGAUGAUGCUGCACAGCUGGACUGCGUCAUCUCCCCUGUUGCUUCCCUGCCCCCUAAAAACACCAAGAUUCCCCUUUUCUUUUUAAAGUUUUUAUUAUUUUAUUUUGACAAAGUAAUAAUCAUAAAUAAAUGAGAAUAAAAAUGAGCACCCCACCACUGAGACCAUUCCAUUGUAACUUAUCCAGCCUCCCAAAAUUUCAACACCUUUUGCGAUCCUCAAUGAUUUUGGAAUAAGGGGCUGACUUAAACAGCACCAUAGGAGCUGUCUUUAUACCCUUGGUCCAGCUAGCUCAGUAUUGCCUACACCAGUAGUGGUAGUGGUUCUCCAAAGUUUCAGGUCUUUUCUAGCCCUACCUUAGGAUGCUGCUGAGGACAGAACCUGGGACCUACAAAGCAGAUGCUCUGUAUCACUCAGUUUUACAGCCCUUUCCCUUUUGGAUCAACGGCAGCUCAGAAGGACUCUCCAGGCCUUCUUGCUUUGGGAUCGCACAUGCCUUCAGUCAGAGAACAUAAGGGCAUAGUGGGCAUCCUCUUCUCACAAGGGCCCGCCAGAUGCCCCAAAGCAAAACCAGCAAGUAGGAUUCAAACACGAGAGCUCGCUCCUCUCUUGCCCUUUCCAGCAACUGGCGUUCAGAAGCAUUUAAUGCUGUAUUGUUUUUAACACUCUAUUGGGAGCUGCCCAGAGUGGCUGGGGAAACUCAGCCAAAUGGGCGGGGUAUAAAUAAUAAAUAAAUUAUCAUCAUUAUUAUUAUUAUUUACUGCCUCCAAACGCAAAGCAUGGUCAUCGGGCUAGUAGGCAUUGACAGCCCUCUCCCCUCCAUGAAUUUGCCUAAUGCCCUAAUCCUUUUUUUAAAAAAAGCCAUCCAGAUUGAUGGCCAUUUCUGCCCCCUGCAGGAGUGAGUUCCACAGUUUAACUCUGUGCUGCACAAAGAAGGACUUCCUUUUAUACAUCCUGAAUCUUCCAUCCAACGUUCAGUUUCACUGGAUGUCCACCAGUUAUUGUGUUACGCUUUCUCCUUGCCAGGCAUAAUUUUAUCACGUUGCCACCUUUUCUCUAAAGUCACAAACGCUGAAGCCUUUCCUCCUAGGGGAGUCUCCCUUUUCUGAACCGUUUCCACCUCUCCAGGAUCCCUUUAGAGGUGAGCGUCAAGAACGGGCGAGGCAUCUAAAAACUGCCCCCUCUUGCCGGACAGCCCACUGACGGCUUGCAUCAAGCAAUGUCAGCCAAGGACAGGCAGGAGCCCUUGCCAGCAGCGAAUCAGAAAAGUGGGCAGGGUGAGGGCCGAACCUUUGGCAACCCGUUAACCUCAUUGGACCUCAAGUCUAGAUUCGCACCACCAGAUCUGGUCUGUGUGUGUCCUUCUAGCCUCUCGUGAGAUGUCUGUACCCCUGAAAUUUAGGGGGUGCCUGGGCACCAGUCUGUCUUGCCGCUGGGCGCCACCCCGCGUCGCUGGUAACAGGAGACGGGAGCGCGGAGCGCUGUUGGCACCCCCCUCAUGGUCCGCACCCGCCUCAGAGAAGGUUAAUCGCUUUUAAACAUGGUGAGAUCUAUCAUUUAUCAUGCCUCGAAUGAGUACAGCCAGUCCUGGAUUUGUCAUGCAGGAAAGGAAUACCACGUUGAUCUCUGGCUCUUACUUUGCAAAUAUAUAUAAAUAUGUAUGCAAGCAAUCGCCCCUCUAAAAGGGGGGGUGGAAUAAUAGCAUUUAGAAAAGCAAUUUUGGACUCUGGAGCGAGCUGAACGUAUUAUAUUCCAAUUGUUUGCUUUGAAGCCUCCUCUAUUCUGCCUCCUAUCUUUUCCAAUCUCAUUUUCCAGAUGGGACACUUCAGCCAAAUAUUCUCGCCCCCUUCUCCGGCAAGGCACACGUGGCCAUCCAUAAGCCCUUUGUGGGGCUUAAUGGAAAAACUGAGAGGCGGGAGAAAUUAUUUCUCUGCGCAGAAGGACUUGGCUUGAAUGAACCAAGGGGAGAAGCAGUCCUAGCCGCAAUGGUCCCAUCUGAGCCAUUAUAGGAAUGGAAACUGGGAUCUUUCCCGAAGGACCUUUCCUAAAAGCGGCAAAGUAGUUAGAAUCUCAGAGCAUCUCAGUGAAAAGUCGCGGAAUUGUGGAGUUUCUAGAAAUUGGUGUUCAGAAUUGAUGCUACCUCCAACUGCAGGGCAGAGCUGUCUAGUAGCCGUCACUAGCCCUCUCCUCCUCCCUGAAUUUGCCCAAUCCUCUUUUAAAGGCAUUGGCGUUGGCGAUUAUCACAUCCUCCUGUGGAAACAAGUUCCCCCAGUUUAGCUCUGUGCUACGUGAAGAAGUCCUUUCAUAAUUUUAUCAGCCCUGAAUCUUCCAACAUUCAGCUUCAGUGGAGUUCUCGCUUUAUGAGAAAGGAAGAAAGCAUUUCAACUCCUCUAUCGCAUCACCUCUUAUUUGCCUUUCCUCUGAACUAAUAAGUCACAAACACUGCAACCUUUCCGUCCCCUUGAUCAUAUUGCUUGCACUUAUCUGGGCCUUCUCCAGCUCUGCCAUCUCCUUUUUGAGGCAAGGCCUCGGGAGCCGUGGGUUUUGGAAUCACCCCACCCCCACCCCUCGGCAGCAAAGUUUCAAGUCUCCAAUCCCCCAUGAGCGUGAAGAGGAAUGAGAAGAAGGCUCCAUUCCAUCACCUCCCGGAGUGAAUUGCCUCUCCGCCAUUUAGGGGAAGCAAGUGGAAACCCAGGCACUAACCCAAUACAUCCUCAUUCCUGCAUAAAUCAUCCUUAUGGCAGCCUCCCUCUCCCCACUGUGCCCACCAGAAAUUGUGCCCUCGGGCAUGCGCAGAAGGACGCUGCAGUCUUCUCUUUCCACCAAGCGAGUCUCCCAAGCACAAGAUAAACAAGGGCUGUGAUGGUUCAGGGAGCUGCUGCAAGAGACGGGGUGCCAGGAGCCUGCCCCACUUGGGCAGGUGGUGUCGACUCCUUGGGGUGCCCCCUUUUCCCUACCUUAUUGUUUUGUUGUUUUUGUUUUAAUUCUUUAGUAAAGGUAAAGGGACCCCAGACCGUUAGGUCCAAUCGUGACCGACUCUGGGGUUGCGGCGCUCAUCUCGCUUUAUUGGCCGAGGGAGCCGGCGUACAGCUUCCGGGUCAUGUGGCCAGCAUGACUAAGCCACUUCUGGCAAACCAGAGCAGCACACGGAAACGUCGUUUACCUUCGCGCCACAGCGGUACCUAUUUAUCUACUUGUACUUCGACGUGCUUUCCAAUUGCUAGGUUGGCAGGAGCAGGGACCGAGCAAUGGGAGCUCACCCCGUCGCAGGGAUUCGAAUCGCUGACCUUCUGAUCAGCAAGUCCUAGGCUCUGUGGUUUAACCCACAGCGCCACCCGCGUCCCUAUUCAGUUUAUUCUAUGAACAAACCUGUGAUCUUGUAAUGAAGGGUGAUAUAUGCGUUUAAAACAUCAACAUCAACAUCAUCAUACACCCGUGUGGUGUUGCUGCAAGAUUUCUCUGAAAAGAGGUACCUUAUUCAGUGACUUUUUGAAGAUGCACACACAAAAUUAAAAUGUCCACAGGAAGACAGGAAGCUGGGUUAUACUGAGCCAGUGCCUUGGGUCCACCUAGCUCAGAGCUCUCCACACAGACUGGCAGCAGCUCUCCAGUGUUUCAGGGAGGGAGUCUUUCCCAGCCCUACUUAGAAGACGUCAGGAUUGAACCUAGGGCCUUCUGCAGGCCAAGCAGGUGCUCUGCAACUGAGCUGUGGCCCCUCCCUGCUUGGAAAUGCUGCCAGCAUUGAUUGAAAUGGGGGCCUCGUCCGCCACGCAAAGCAGGGGCUAUACCGCUGAGUCACAGCCCUGUCCGAAAACAACUGUGCAAUGAUUGUAAAUCUCACCAAGACAACUGAUUAAAAGUUUCUGACAUAUUUAUUUCACAAAAUUUAUGCACUGCUUGAUUGUAAAAGGGGGGGGGGCGGAACCCUCAACACAAUUAUCCAUCAGAAUAACAAACAACAAUCAUUCAAUGCAUGCAGAAAGUCACAAAUUUGCAAGAGCAGAAUGUGCUGGGGUGUUUUGUUUAGUUUUUGAGGUUCUUUUGGGAUUUAACACAACAUCUCUCGACCCAACUCCACCCAGGCAGAUGCCCUUAUUAAUGCCAUUUAGUAGCCCUCCCCUCCCCUCCAAAAUCUUCCAGUCCUUGGGCUCCAGCGAUGCAGCUGGCAUGCUGCCCCCUUCCCAGGGAGGCUUUUGCAGCCCUCCCCAUACCACGAAUUCGUAAGAUGGCAUCGCAAUUGGCUACGGCCACGAGGCUGCCCCAGUUAUCCUCGGACAAGCAAAACAGGCCUUCGCAGUCAGGAUUAUUGAAUGACGAAGGAUUAAGGCGAUGAAACAGAUACCCUGAGUCAUUCUGAAAUCUAUUUGGAGGUAGGAUUCGUACAGGGAGCUCUGGAAACGUUAUCCAGGCAAAAGACUCUGCGCUUUCUCUGGUGGCUUCCUGGCCACUCCUACCCACCUGCCAUUCCGAGCCCACAAGGCCUUUAAGGAAAUGAGACGUUUUGUCCAAGGACAGAACAGGAAGGAAUCCCAGUUCUUUCCUGGCCUUGGGAUGAAGCCGUCAAGCUGUCAUCGGCCGCAACUUUGCUUUCUCCUUGGCCGGGUUGGCGCAAUCGCCGAAGCAUCUUCUGGCAGGAAGAAAAAGGGCCCUUCUGCGAUGCGCUUCGUUGCACCGCCCAGUAACCUAAUCGCGGAGAUGGGAUUACACCUUGCAAAGUAGGUUCAAACAACCUAAUAUCCUGCCAGGCCGUUUUUCAGUCUUGUUGAAACCUAGACCCUUUUUGUGAUUCCUUUCCAUCUUUCCUGCUCUGAAUCCCUGUUCUCCUUUCUUAAAAACAUAAGAAGAGCACUGCUGGAUCAGGCCCAAGGCCCAGCUGGUUCCUAAUAAUAAUAAUAAUAAUAAUAAUUUUUUAUUAUUUAUACCCCACCCAUCUGGCUAGGUUUCCCCAGCCACUUUGGGAGGCUUCCAGCACAUAAAAAACAUAAUAAAACUUCAAACGUUAAAAACUUCCCCAUACAGGGCUGCCUUCAGAUGUCUUCUAAAAGUUGUGUAGUUCCUUAUCUCCUUGACAUCUGAUGGGAGGGUGUUCCACAGGAUGGGCGCCACAACCAAGAAGGCCCUCUGCCUAGUUCCCUGUAGCUUCACUUCUCUCAGGGAGGGAGCCACCAGAAGACCCUCAGAGCUGGACCUCAGUGUCAGGGCUGAAUGAUGGGGGUGGAGAUGCUCCUUUUGGUAUACAGAGCCAAUGCUGUUUAGGGCUUUCAAGGUCAACACCAACACUUUGAAUUGUGCUCCAAAACAUACAGGGAGCAGAUGUAGGUCUUUCAGGAUCGGUGUUAUACGGUGGCUGCUCCCAGUUACCAGUGUAGCUGCCGCAUUCUUGAUCACUUGUCAUUUCUGGGUCACCUUCAAAGGUAGCCCCACGUAGAUCACAUUGCAGUAGUCCAAGGAGGAGAUAACCAGAGCAUGUACCAUUCUGGCAAGAAAGUGCAUGCGCAGGCAGGGUCAACCGGUGUACCAGAUGGAGCUGGUUGGACCAGAUAGAGCAUCCUGUUCUCACAGUGGGCAACCAGAUACCCAUGGGAAGCCCACAAAGAGGAUUUGAGUGCAAAUGCAACUCUCCCCUCCUGUGGUUUCCAGCAGCUGUUAUUCAGAAGCAUUGCUGCCUCUGGCUGCAAAGGCAGAGCAUAGUCAUUGUGGCUAGUAGCCAGGGAUAACCCUCUCCUCCACAAAUUUGCCCAGUCCUCUUUUUAAAAUAUCAAAGUCGGUGACUGUUAUGGCUUCUUGUGGGAGCGAGUUCCACAGUUUAACACUUUUACUUUUCUACAAGCAGAGCAUUUGUGUGUAUUCACCAGCAGUGCAUGGGGUGUCUCAGGUCUAGAUCAGUUACUCCUCUCCUUUUCCACUUAGAGGCAAGGAAGAGGUGAGAACAAUAGAUAGAAUCAUCUGCAGAAGUCAGUGAUGGCCACCAACUUGAAUGGAGUAGAGGGGUGAGCUCAGUUGGUUAGAGCAUGGUGCUGAUAACGCCAACGUUGCAGGUUUGGUCCCGGCAUGGGACAGCUGCAUAAUUCUACAUUGUGCAGGGGGUUGAAUGAGAUGAUCCUCAGGGUCCCUUCCAAUGUUACAAUUCUAUGAUGGCUACUAGCCACCAUGGCCGUCCUCUGCUUCCACAGUCAAAUGCAGCAAUGCUUCUGAAUCCCAGUUACGGGAAGCCACAGGAGUGGAGAGGGCUGUUGUGCUCAGUUCCUGCUUACAGCUUUUCCAAAGGCAACUGUGAGAAGAGGAUGCUGGGCUUGUUGGGCUGUAUGAUGCAAGGACUUGUGGGAGUUGUAGUCCAAAACAGCUGGAAAGCAUCUAGCUGCUGGAGGCUGUAUUGAAGGCUCUUGUCCUGAGGUCAGUUUGGGACCUUUUAAAAACAAAAAUCCACGAACUUCCCUAUAUGUUUCUCUCCCUCCCCCAGCCAACCCCUCCCCUUCAAACAUCUCCUUUUCCUUUUUGGGCAGAGAUUUUUGAACUGCCAAAUUGCAGAUUCCCUCUCUGUCACUCGUAAAUCUUCCUGGUGCUGACUUGAAUCCAUGACAUCUUAUCCCUGCAAGACAGCUGGUCCCCCAGCAGUUGGUGGCUACCGGUUUUCAGCACCGCAAACCUCCGCAUACACGCAGACAUACACACCCCAAAAACGGAGGAAUGAUAUGUUCGAGUCCUCUCUCGGGGGAAGGCAGGUGGGCUGGAGAUGCUUCCCUGGGUGCUGAGACAUCGUUUGAAUUGGUGGCCUCUGUGAAAAGUUCAUGGAAGGGCCGUAGCACAGCGUGGUACUAGGGACACCUGCUUGGCAUGCAGAAGGUCCCCGGUUCAAUCCCCGCUGGCAGCCUCUUCAGGUGGGUCUGGAAAUCUCCCCUGCCUGGAACCCUUGAGAGCCAUUGCUGCAGGUCAGUGUAGGCAACAUUGAGCUAGAAGAACCAAUAGGUUUGAUUCAACGUGUUGUAAACAAAAUCUGCCCUUCUUCCCUUAUGGGGUAUCCAAGAGCCCAUAUAGAGUCCUUAAGUGGGUUCCCUAUUGGUAGGAGAAAAUAACAGAGGCCAACCAGAGAAUAUUGAGAAGCAAAGCAGCUAGUAAGCCUGAUCUUUAUUGAUCUGUUGCAACAGGGUCUCCCCUCACCCACAGGAAAGGAGGAGGACCCAGAACAAAGGUGUGCCUGCCCUUAUAUAGACAUUUGAAAUUCCCUGCCCUGGAGCUCAAGACCACCCCUCCAUACAUCAUACAUACAUCACAGAAGGGGUAUAACCCAAGACCAACCCCCACAAACAUCAUUGCCUUUCCUGGUAGUCUGCCCAUUCCUUUGAGAUGGUGAUUUCCCAAUUCCUGAGACAAUGGGAAGGCUCCCUGACCCCCUCCCUCCUUGCAGAGAAAACAUUUGGACAGUUUGGGAGUUAAAAUGGUUUCAGGUCGGUCUUCCUGUGCUGAUCUAUGUACGUGCUUGGUUGGUACAUUUAUGAACAUUUAUUAUAUAUGUAAGACCUUAAAUUUUAUUAUUACAAAUGUAAGGCUGCUUCCAACACUUCAGUUUUAUGCCCAGUAUGUAGCUCUCUUCGUGGCCCCCAAAUUUGGACUUAAUUCCAAAUUAAGCUGUGUGGCUUAAUAAACAGAGGCUAUGUGCAAUUUUCUGGCUGCCGUCUGUGUGCGUUUAAGUAGAUAUGAGCUUAGAUUGCAGAUGUGAGCUUGGAUUAGGCGAGGCAGGUUGGGCUCUUAGGCCAGACCUUACCAUAUUUAGGGACGUUCGUCCUGGAAAGAUGCAUUUACUUCACCCUUUCCCUUCCCAGUUAAAGAUCCCUUUUAUACUUUGCUUUGGACUGCAGUGCAAAGUCAAUAGCAAGAGUGCCUCUGAGCAUAUGUUGUUCCUAUUUCUUCUAACUUUUAACCCUGCUCUUCCUAAGCAGUCUGUUUAAGAUUUUAACCUUGUUGUGUUUUUAGACUGGUUUGAGUGGAUGCCUUUUUCCAUUUAUGUUUAUGGCUCUGAGUAUAUAUAUAUAUGAAUGAUAAUAGCAAUAAGUUAAUUCAUUAAAAGCAAUCUCCUUUCCCGACACACACAGAUGCAAAUAAUCCUCAGAGAAUUGCCACGAGCUCAGCAGAUAAAGUGAAAAAGUCAAUGAGGGGGGCAGGCAGCCCACCCAGCUGAACUCUAGCAGAUGCCCUCCAAUGGAGCUUAUGGGGGAUUUAAACAGCUCAGGGAACUGGGAUGUGCCUCACUGUGGAGACAUUUCAUGCUUAUUAGCAGAGUAUUGUGACAUCUUGUCUGUCAGGACAGCUGCUUCACACCUCCAAGCCCUCUGCAAGAUAACAUUAGGGCAACACGUGCCUUUUCUGCCCUUUAGAGCUUCCUUUGUGUUACCCAGCAAGGUUUGUUUCAAGACCCUUCACUGUUAUUGACCUAAGGUGCCGUCUGCACUGUGCAUUUAAAGCACUAUCAUCCCACUUUACACAGUCAUGGCUUCCCCCAAAAAUCAUGGGAGCUGUAGUCUGUUAAGAGUAGUGAGGGAUGUUUGGAGAGUCCAGUUCCCCUCUGAGAGUUCCCAAAAUUUCCCUACAAUUCCUAGAGUUCCCUGGGAAGAGGGAUUAAUUAUCAAACCAUGAAGGAGCUCAGAGACAAUUUAUUGAUGGUUAUGGCUAUUAUUUCAGGCAGCCCUCUAUUGGGAGGUUUUUAAUGCUUGAUGUUUUUAUUAUGUUUUUAGAUAUGAUGUAAACUGCCCAGAGUGGCUGGGGAAAUCCAGCCAGAUGGGCAAGGUAUAAAUAUUAAUAAUGAUGAUGAUGAUGAUGUUAUUUCAAUUUAUUUUUGUGGUACCUUGGUUCUCAAACUUAAUCCGCUCUGCAAGUCCGUUCCAAAACCAAAGCAUUCCAAAACCAAGGCGCGCUUUCCCAUAGAAAGUAAUGCAAAAUGGAUUAAUCCAUUACAGACUUUUAAAAACAACCCUUAAAACAGCCAUUUAACAUGAAUUUUACUAUCUAAUGAGAUCAUUGAUCCAUAAAAUGAAAGCAAUAAACAAUGUACUACAGUGGAACCUCGGGUUGCGGAUGUAAUCUGUGAUGGAGGCAUGUCCGCAACCCGCAGUGCUGCGCCUGCCCACGUGUGUGAUUUGGCGUUUCUGCGCGUGUGCGAAGCACGAUUGGCAAAACCCAGAAGUAACCCUUUCCGGUACUUCCGGGUUUCCCAUGGUACGCAACCUGAAAACGCAUAACCCGAAGCAUUUGUAACCCGAGGUACCACUGUACAGUAACACAAUCAAUCAGUCAAUCAAUCAAUCAAUCAGUAGCUGAAGUGGGUUCCGCAGAACCACAAAAAGGAGCCGCAAAAACAGAAAAGCAAAAUAAAUAGGAAAAACAGACAGACCUCAUGGUAGCACUCAAAUCAGAAGUGUGGCACUCAAAUCGGAAGCGUAACACUCAAAUUGGAAAUGUGGCACUCAAAACGGAGCAUGUUCAACUUCCGAAACAAGUUCGCAAACCGGAACACUUCCAAAUUGUUUGAGUACCAAGAUACCACUGCAAUGCCCUUUAUCAAAAUAUGUCAGGGCAGUGUACAACAUUAGAGAGCAAAUUACAAAGCAUCCGUGAUAAAAACAUAGUAAAAAGCAUGCUGACAGACAGCCUAAUGGUAAAAUAAUCAUAAUAAUAGCAAUCCUUUCCCCCACACUUUUACAGGCCAUAGAUUACUUACUAAUCAGAGGCCUGGGUAAAGAGGAAUGUUUUUGCCUGGUGUCUAAAGAUGAUGGCAUAGGCGAGCCUCUCUGGAGAGAGCAAUCCACAAUCAGGGAUCCACCAAUGCUCCAAUGGAAUCUCGGAGUUGAACCCUUUCAGCUGUACACACAGGCAUUCACCAUUUCCGUGUCAAUUUAACAAUGAUACUUAACAUUGUAGUGGGAGCCCUGUGAUUGAAGCAGAUAUCUUUCCCCUCCCUGCAGGGCCCGGAUUUCGGCUACGUCUCCAGGGAGCCCCUCUUUGAAGAAGUCACCAGCUUGGACUCUUUUGGGAAUCUGGAAGUCAGCCCGCCAGUGACUGCCAAUGGAAAAGAGUACCCUUUGGGGAGAAUCCUCAUUGGAAGCAGCUUCCCUCUGUAAGAGAGUGCACGCAGAGGUCGAUAUUGUAAAAGACCAGACGACCUGAAUUUCUGGUUUAAAAAAGAAAACUCAAAACCCACCACUGACCAUUAUCAAUCAUAGGGCUUGGGCACCUUUUUUUGCCUUGUGCAAAGCCUCCCCCUGUUGCCUGCCAUCGUUGUAUGAGGACAGAGGCUAAAGGGGCAUGGGAAGAAUUAAGACAAAUAUGCAUUUUCCUGCAAAGGACAAAACAUUCAGCCCUUUCUGUGGCCAGAAGCUGGCUGAACGGGCAUCUGAGCCUCAUGUCAACGGUGGCAAGAGGGAUUGUUUUCUCCAAUGAGGGCCUCAGGGCUUGCAGUGAAAGCAGUGCAGAGGCGAUGAUGAACUCUGGCAAAGGAGAAGAUCUGCCACCUGCCUCACUCAGACAAAUGAUAGGGCCGGCCCUGUAAAAUACAUGUCUGUUUUCACUGGCCCCAUUUUUCUCUCUCAUUCUUUUCCUCCUCUUCUUCUGGGGGAAUGUGUUUAUAUAAUUAAAUAUCCAAAGAUAUUUCAAAGCACUUAUCAUCCAAUAGUUUUUUUAUACAGUCAAACCUCGGAUGUUGAAUGUAAUCCAUUCCGGAAGCCCAUUUGGCUUCCGAAAUGUUCAACAACCGAGGCGCAGCUUCCGAUUGGUUUCAGGAGCUUCCUGCACUCAGUGGAAACCGCGUCAGAUGUUCGGCUUGAAAAACAGUAAAACACCGGAACAUUUACUUCCGGAUUUUCGGCGUUUGGGAAAUGUUCCAAAACUGAGGCGUUUGGGAUCCGAGGUUUGACUGUACAUACAUAACCUCUUCUUGACUUCCCACCCCUCCUUUCCUGAUGUUUAUUUUUAUUAGCUGCUUUAAAACACAGAUUUUUAUUAUCUAAGCCCCAAUAUCUCUAAUUCUUUCAAUAAUCUGCUGCUUAUAUUUCAAAUCCUGCCUGCGACUUCAUGUAUGGGCGAUAGUUUAGUAGAUAACCUAUGAAUGGUUUCCAUUCUCCCAUAAACAAUUCAUCAUUAUGUCCUCUUCGUUUAGCAGUCAUUUUCUCCAUUUCAGCAUAGUCCAUCAGUUUCAUAAGCCAUUCAUCCUUAAUUGGUCAUCCUUCUUCUUUUUCUUGGGGGGAUGUUGACCUUUUCAGGUCCGCAGGGCGGAGGAUGACCAAGGUGGUGCGGGAUUUCCUCUAUGCCCAGAAAGUCCAGUCACCCAUCGAGCUCUACUCUGACUGGCUGACGGUGGGCCACGUGGACGAGUUUGUGACUUUUGUCCCCAUUCCUGGCAAAAAGGUGAGCAUCAGUUGUGAAGGUCUGUGACCCUUACGCAUUGUCGCUAGUUAAUUAUGUGUUUUGGGCUGAGAAACAGCGAUGAAAGCAUAGCUGGCGUGGCCAUAACCUUCCCCUCCUAUGGAUUCAUCCAGUCCUCUUUUAAAGGAUUGGACAGAGACUAUGGAAGAGUCAUGGGGACACAUGGGGAGUCACACUCUCCUGAGUGUGCAUGUGUGAAUUCAGCAAUGCUUAGUUUGUUUUGGGUUCUUAGUUCGUUAAUGUUGUUAAUAUUGUUUUGUGGGUUAUGAGCGCUGUAACGCUUUGUGAAUUUUAUAAUACAGUGGUACCUCGGGUUAAGUACUUAAUUUGUUCCGGUGGUCCGUACUUAACCUGAAACUGUUCUUAACCUGAAGCACCACUUUAUCUAAUGGGGCCUCCCGCUGCCACUGCUGCACGAUUUCUGUUCUCAUCCUGAAGCAAAGUUCUUAACCUGAGGUAAUAUUUCUGGGUUAGCAGAGUCUGUAACCUGAAGCGUGUGUAACCUGAAGCGUAUGUAACCUGAGGUAACACUGUACGACUUUUCUUGUGGUUGUGCUUUUUAGCCUAUUUUCAAAGUGGUUUUGUUAAUGGUGAUUAGUUGAUUAUUUUAUGUGAUUUAUGUUGCGGUUGUGAUGAUGAUGAUGAUAAUAAUAAUUUAUUUGUACCCCGCCCAUCUGGCUGGGUUUCCCCAGCCACUCUGGGCAGUUUCCAACAAAGAUUAAAAAUACAUUUAAAUGUCACACAUUAAAAACUUCCCUGAACAGGGCUGCCUUCAGAUGUCUUCUAAAUGUCAGGUAGUUGUUUUUCUCUUUGACAUCUGAUGGAAGGGCGUUCCACAGGGCGGGCGCCACUACCAAGAAGGCUCUCUGCCUGGUUCCCUGUAGCUUUGCUUCUCGCAGGGAGGGAACCGCCAGAAGGCCCUUGGUGCUGGACCUCAGCGUCCGGGCAGAACAAUGGGGGUGGAGACGUUCCUUCAGGUAUACUGGGCCGAGGCUGUGUUCUGCUGUGUUAUUAUUUAUGGCAUGUAAGCUGCUUUGUGACUCAUGUGAGUUAAAAGUGGCAUAGGAAUAUAAUAAAUAAACAAAUAAUGCAAGCAAGCAAAGGUAAAGGGUCCCUGGCCGGUUAAGCCCAGUCAAAGGCAACUAUGGGGUUGUGGUGCUCAUCUUGCUUUCAGGCUGAGGGAGCCGCCGUUUGUCCAUAGAAAGCUUUCCAGGUCACGUGGCCAGCAUGACUAAACUGGACAGGACACCGUGACGGAAACCAGAGCGCAUGGAAACGCCAUUUACCUUCCUGCUGCAGUGGUACCUAUUCAUCCACUUGCGCUGGUGUGCUUUUGAACUGCUGAGUUGGCCGACCUUCUGAUCGGCAAGCCCAAGAGGCUCAGUGGUUUAGAUCACAGCGCCACCCGCAUCCCCGAUAAGCAAGUGAGCAAGCCAUCCAGAUGGAUGGGCAGCAUGGCCUCCUGCAGGAAGGAGUUCCAUAGUUUAACCAUGAGCUGCGUGGAAAAGUCCUUUCUUUUACCUGCCCUGAUACGGCCCUUCGUUUCCCUUUCCUCCUCUCAGCAAUUCCGGAUGCUCAUGGCCAGCCCUUCCGCCUGCUACAAGCUGUUCAGGGAGAAGCAGAAAGAAGGUCACGGAGAAGCCGUCAUGUUCAAAGGUAGGCUGUUCAGACAGACAAGAGCCUAAAAAGAAACCCUGCUAGAUCAGGCCGGUGGCCCAGCUAAGUCCAGCAUCCUGUUCUCACAGGGGCCAACUAGAUGCAUGUGGGAAACCCGCAAACAGAAGCCAAGCACAAGAACCCUUUCCCCUCCGUUUGAUGUUUAGAGUAUAGCCAUCGUGGCUCGUAGCCAUUGAUAGCCCUCUCCUCCUCCAUGAAUUUGUCCCAUUUUCUUUUAAAGCCAUCCAGGUUGGUGGGUCGUCCUGUGGGAGGGAGUUCCACAGUUCAACACUGCACAAACGACUUUCUUUUACCAGUUCUGAAUUUUCCAACAUUCAACUUCGCUGGGCGUCCGCGAGUUGCAGUGUUACGAGAGAGGGAGAAAAGCUUUUCUCUAGCCACAUUCUUCAUGCCAGGCAUAGUUUUAUAUACCUGUCGUGUUGCCUCUUACUUGCCUUUUCUCUAAACUAAAAAGUCCCCAAAACGGCAAUCUUGCUUCGUGUAGCUGUCUUGGAACAGAGUCCUGCCUCUGAGGAGGGAAUGGACUCUCUGGCAUGUUUGCAUUCAUUCAUUUUUUAAAAGAGCUUGUGCAAAAUUGGCUCAUCAGUUUUAUCGCUCCUUUCGCAAAGCACCUUGUAACUCAACCCAAAACUCUUCCCUCUCUCUCUCUCUCUCUCUCUCUCUCUCUCUUUCUCUCUCUCUCUGUGUGUGAGAGAGAGAAAGAGAGAGAAUCACACAAGUGGCUUUGCCCAUCCUUAUUCUGCACCAAUGUGUGGGGAAGCAGGACGAAGAUGUCUCACAGACGGCUCCUGCAAUCGCCUUAUGUCCCAAAGAAUGGGGGGGGAGGCCCAUAGUUGGAACGCAUCAUGGACACUGGCUUCAAAUUAUCCAGCCUCCUUGUAGGGGAUAAUCAGAUCCACUUCUUGCCUUGGACCCCCCCAAGCUGAGCGUUGGCUAUCUUCGAAAUGCCGCUCCCUACCCAACAGAUGCUACUGCAGUCUCAGCUGUGUAUGAUAAUAUUGGCAACAUUACAGAAGCAGCAAUGGUCACACCAUGCAUUUAAGGUCCAUUUAAAGUAGUUUCUCCCUCCCUCCCCCAAAAACCCCCAAUAAUCAUGUGAAGUAUAGUUUGUUUUUUUUUAAAUAAUAUUUAUUCCAGAUUUAAAAUCACAGAAAAAAGAAAAACCAUACAGAGUACAAAGAAAAUUUUGACCAUAACCGAACAAAAAAUAAACAAGUAAAAAGAACAAUAAGAUAGAAUAAAAAAAAAACUUAACAAAAAAUAUAAAAAUGUAUUAAGUUAAAAAUAAAACAAAAGCAGGUUAAACCUUUACAUAUCCUUUUCCCUUUACUUAUUUCCAUUAACCUCCUCUCACCUCCCAAUUUUGUAUUCUAGUUCGAAUCAUAUUUCCAGCAAAUCCCUCUAAUCUUAUUUUCAUUUACGUAUUUUAAAAUUGAAGUAAUAUAAUUAAACCUCCUCUAUUUCAUCAAAUUCAUCAACUCAUCUUUGCUUAUUCCAUUAUAUCGUAUCUACCGAAACGACCUAAUAUUCUUUUUCCAACCUCCUUCUAACAUUCUUUUAUAUUGCAAUGCUUUUGAAGAUAUAUUUUGAAUUUUUUCCAAUCUUCUUCCAUCGACCCUUCUCCCUGGUCUCGAAUAAUCAUGGGAAGUAUAGUUUACACUUUGGAACUCCCUGCCUAUUGAGAUCAAUCAGGCGCCUUCAGUGUCCUCUUUUCAGCACUCGCCAAGAACAUUUUUCUUUGGGCCAGCCUACCCAUACAGUAUAUUCAGAUGCAAGUUUUUUUUAAGUUUGUUGUUUUAACUUUUAUUUAUUUAUUUAAUUAAUCGUUUUUUCAAUAAUAACCACCACCACAAAAAAACCACAUACAACAAAAACCGCAAUAGCACUAAUAACACAAUAUAACAUUUCAGAUUUGAGUACUGAUAUACCUAUGACUGCACCCUUUUAACAAUAUUUCCCCACCUCUCAUCCCCCUACUUCCCACCACCGUCCGCCUUAUCGCUUAAAUAUUCCUUCCAGAUUUCUUCAUAUUUAUCCAUUCUUAAUUUGCGUCGACAUGCAAUUCGUUCAUAUGUGGCUAGUCUGUCCAUAUUGUCAAUCCAUGUGCUCAAUGGAAUCUUUUUGCGGCUCUUCCCAUUCAUCAGAACAAGUUUUUUUGCUUCUAAUAUGGCAGUUUGUUGUUUUAACUUGAUUUUUGUUAAUGUCCCUUUUGGUCAUUUUAUUGCUUAAACUUUUUUAAUAAACCACUUCGAGCUUGGGGAAAAAAUAGCAAUCAAGCAGUGCAUAAACUUUGUGGAAUAAAUAGCGUACCUCUCACAGAGCUAAAUACCCAGCACCCUUAAACUACAGUUCCCAGGAUUCACUGGCGGGGAGAUGUGCUGUAUUUCAGGGGUUCCACUCAGAGAGGUGGUCAUCUAGACUGGGGGUCUUGAAAACCAGGCACCCGGUUUCCUAAAUUGGAGCCCCUGGAGCAUGUCUUUAGGUGCAAAACCUUCUCUUCGACCUGGUUCAUUUCCUAGCUCUGGACCAUAGCUGUCAAGCGUCCCUUAUUUGGCGGGACAGUCCCUUAUCCCAGUGCCAUGUCCCGCUGCUGUCCCUUAUUGAUGAGGCUUCGUUUGGCUGCUGGCUGGGCUUUCUGCAUUUGGCUCGGUGGGGCUCAGAAGUUGAACAUACCUGUGCCUGGAAAAUCCCAUAUUCUGGCUGCUGAUCCCUUAUUUUCGAGGCUGCUGGUCCCUUAUUUUCAAACUCAUCUGCUUGCUCCUGAGAAAUGCAUCUUAUAGUUGCCAAUGUGUCUUCUUCUAGUGCCAUCGCUGUCCAAGACAUUUCAUAUUUGUGUGUGUGUGUGUGUGUGUGUGUGUGUGUGCAGUGCCAGAUUUAUGUAUAAGCUUGUUUAAGCUAUAGCUUAGUGCUCUACUCUCUUGGGGGCCCCAAAAAAAUUAAGGAAAAAAAACACUGGAUGUACAUUUCCAAAAUAUAAGAUUAAGACAAAUAAAAUAAAACCUACCUACAGCAACAGUGUUUUGUGUUGUGUAGGCUCCUAUGAUGUAAGUAAUGGGCCCAUCCUGCUAGCCUGCUCCCUAAAAUAUCACUGGAUUGCUCAUUUCUAUAUAGAGGGUGGGACGCGGGUGGCGCUGUGGGUUAAACCACAGUGCCUAGGACUUGCUGAUCAGAAGGUCGGCGGUUCGAAUCCCCGCGGCGGGGUGAGCUCCCAUUGCUCGGUCCCUGCUCCUGCCAACCUAGCAGUUUGAAAGCACGUCAAAGUGCAAGUAGAUAAAUAGGUACCGCUCCGGCGGGAAGGUAAACGGCAUUUCCGUGCACUGUUCUGGUUUGCCAGAAGCGGCUUAGUCAUGCUGGCCACAUGACCCAGAAGCUGUCUGCGGACAAACGCCGGCUCCUCGGCCUAUAGAGCAAGAUGAGCGCCGCAACCCCAGAGUCAGUCAUGACUGGACCUAAUGGUCAGGGGUCCCUUUACCUUUACCUUUAUAUAUAGGGUGCCUACAUUCUGCAUGGACCGGUUGCAUGGCAACACGUGCAAAUGGCUUUAGAUACCUAAUAUAGCAUAUAUUCAACACAAAAAACAGUGACAAUUUGUUGUUGAGAAAGGAUAGCUAGACACAGAAAGGGCCUCAUUACCUUCAGUAGCCUUAGGGCCUCAUCAAACCUAAAUCCAGCCGUGUGUGUGAGUGUUCGCGCGCAGUAACAUUUGAGGAAUUCCUUUCAGAAAAUAAGAAGCUGCCAAGCCCUGCACGUGGCUUCUAGGAGUAACCUUCUUUCCCCCGCCUUUUGUUCCCCCACUCCAGGGUACACCGGAACAGACACAAAGCGUGUCACCGUCAACAAGGUGCUCUCCAACGAGGUCAUGGUACAAGAGAAUCAGUAUGUGCAGGUACGUCAAGGAUUACUGAGCCGCAAUUUCUGCACUGCAGCAGGUUGGAGAUCCCUUGGAAAUCCCUUCCAACUUUACAGUUCUGUCCUUGUCAAGUGGCUGUCCUUUUUCGUUUUAAUCAAAAUUAUCCCCCACCCCCCAAAAGAAGCAUACUUAAAUCAAGGCACAAAUGAAGCUUCUGAGCCUCCUUAGUCAUUAUAUUAUUAUUAUUAUUAUUAUUAUUAUUAUUAUUAUUAUUAUUAUUACUACUACUACUACUGUUUUUAGCUAAUUGCUUUUUUAAUGUUUUCAAGAGUUGCCUUUACUGCUAAUUUAUGGUUUUACUCUUUGUAAAUCGUACUGAGAUAUUUUUUUUUACAAUAAAGCCGUGUGUAAAUUUUGUGAAACAAAUCACAUUAUCUGAGGUCACUAAAUCUGCACCUGUCACUUCCUGAACCUCCCCCAGCGGUGCAUUGACUGGAACCGGGACAUCCUCAAGAAGGAGUUGGGUCUGGCAGAAAAGGACAUCAUUGACCUCCCAGCCCUCUUCAAGAUGGACAAGCAAGGCAAAGCGAUGGCUUACUUCCCCAACAUGGUGAGAAUUGUCACACGGGGUAUUUAGCAAAAGUCCUGCAGGGCCCUAGUCUCUUGUGACAGAGCGUUCCACCAAGUCGGGGCCAGUACUGAAAAGGCCCUGGCCCUAGUUGAGACCAAUCUAACCACCUUGCAACUUGGGACCUGGCUGGAUCCCAGGGCUAAACAUAGUCUCCAGCAAAAGAGAACCCCCAGCAGAGUUUACAAAGUGUAGCAUUAAACCUUUUAAUAUCCUGUUUGGUCCGCUACCAGAGCUGCUCCAUUUCUACUGCUCUUAGCAUUAAACAUACCAGACACCUUAGUAAGUUUAAAAGCUGUACUUACAACACUCCAAUGGUCAGAUUCAAGCAUUAUUCUGUGCAGCAGCAGCAAGAAGAACGCAGGCAGAAAGUCUUGGGUUUACAAAAUGCAGAAAUAGUCUCAGCUUAUAGCCAGCAAGCUCAGGCACAUCCUAUCUCGGGGAAUUCAUAUCGUGAAAGACAAAGGAGGAAACUUAACUUCCUUCCAGGUGAGGAGUGUGAGCUAAUUGAUUAACUAGCAUAUCCAAACUAGAGCCUGGAUAGCUCAGUUGGUUAGAGCCUGGUGCUGAUAAUGCCAAGGGGCCCCGAGGAUCAUCUAGUCCAGCCCCCUGAAAAUCAGGAAUAUGCAGCUGUCCCAUACAGGGAUCGAACCUGCAACCUUAGUGUUCCACACUCUAAUCAACUGAGCUAUCCAUAUUUAUUUACAAUCAAGCGGUAGAUACAUUUUAUGAACUAAAUAAAUGAAACAAAUAAGAUGGGUGCUGGAUAAAGCAGUUGGCUGGAGGAGACAGCCCAAGGAAGGACCGCAGCCUGGUCUCUUUUUUGCUCUCUCCGUCUCCUUUUGUUUUGUUUUGAUAUAUAGUUUUAUUAAAUCUCCAAAGAUAUUUCAAAACACUGAUCACCCUAUAGAGUGUUUUCUUAUACAUGCAUGACUUCUUCUUGACUUCCCACCCCUCCUUUCCUGAUGUUUAUUUUUAUUACUCCUUUUUAUUCGCUGUUUUAAAACACACACGUUUUUAUUAUCUAAGCCCUGGUAUUCUUUCAAUAAUCUGCUGCUUGUAUAUCAAAUCCUGCCUGCGAUUUCAUGUAUGGCCGAUAAGUUUGAUAGAUAACCCAUCAAUAGUUUCUUUCCAUUCCCCCUUAAACAAUUCAUCGUUAGGUCCUCGUUAGCUCAGCAGUCAAUUUCUCCCUCUCCUUUUGCAUCCAGGUGAACAUGAUUGUCCUGUCCAGGGACCUGGGCAUCCCCAAGCCGUUUGGGCCUAUCAUCGAGGCCGAAUGCUGCCUGGAGCAGCAUGUCUGCUCCCUCCUGGAGCCACUGGGCCUGACCUGCACCUUCAUCGACGACGUUUCGUCCUACCACAAGCAGCUGGGGGAGGUCCAUUGCGGCACUAACGUUCAGCGCAAGCCUUCUGCCUUCAAAUGGUGGAACGUGACUCCAUAGUAAUAAGGGAGAUUUCCUGAAAACUGACCCAGGGGGUGGGUGGGGAGAGGAUUCGGACAAGCAGUUUUGCAGCCCACGUGCCUUUUUGACCCGAGUCCACCAAUCCCGAGUUUCGAAUCGGGUUGGUGCCAUCCCAGGCGAACGAUGGACUCAAGAGACCUCUGUUGGUUGGAGGAGCUGCACAAAUCAAUAGAUGCUUCGUUGGGUGAGUGGGGGAAAACUGUUUGCCUGAAUCCUCCGGCAGAAGCAGCUUUUUUUCCCCUGUUGUUUUCCGUUGCUCGGGGACUGAUGGGGCUCCUUUGGGGCGGGUGUUAACUAGAUUUGUGGGGGCUUUCUUUUUCACUGACGACUUUGCGGGUGCUGUGUGCUUGUUUUUUUCCUCCCUUCUUUUUGCCUCCCAAAGUCCUUCAGCCGAAUGCCAGCUUCCUUUCUCUGUGCAUGCAAAAGAAGAAAAAGAAAACAGAAGACCCGAAGCCCAUUCCAUAUUCUGUGUGUUUUUUGUGUGUGUAUACGCUAAAGCUUUUUGGAAGUCGUGGCAGCUGGAGACGGGGGCUCGUAUCUAGAGAAGUCCUCCUUGGCUUGUAGGCCCCUUAGAUAAGUCAUGUGUAUUAACUUCCAUGGGUCUACUCUUGGGUAGGAUCGGAUACAAGCCUAUAUAACUGGUUUGGGGCAUUAUACCAAAAAUAGUAUCAUAACAAAUGGAAAGACGCUUCUGAGUUGGUAACAAUAAUAUUAAUAAAAUGGGGAAAACGCU